AUGUUGAGUAGUUUGGGGAGCGCCGGUGGGAAGUCUACCAAGCCGUCCUUCGUUUCCUAUGUGACGCCGGAGGUAAGUCUGUCCAUGAAACGCUGCUGUAUUAGCGGACGCCAUGUGUGCAUGUUGGAUGAGAUGGCUAAAAGCCUGUCAUUUCAUACGGACUAGUUACCAUAAAUGCUAUCUGGCUAGCUGACAUGAUUGGGACAGGGCGGGUUAUGGUUCCUAUAGCCGCCCGCAGCCCGUUAAACUAAAGUUUUAGGAAAAACAGCAUUUCCAAUCGAUAUGUAACUGUUUGUCCUGGAACAGAGUACUGUUUCUCUCCGGAGAAUGGUGUGCCUUGUCAUGUUUUCAAUGACUGUAGGAUAGUGUGCUUGAUUUCUCCCUUCAUAUUUUGUCAGCAGACAACAUUCAACUGUAACAGUGUUGUUGUUUUUUGUAAGGAGUCUUCCAGGCACUUCAAGAUAAAUUAAAACAUUGUUACUCCUGACUCAGCUUUUUUGUGUUGUUUUUUUUUUACAGUGAGCUUGCGUGACUUUUCAACUGUCAGAUCUGCAUUGAUUAGUCAGUCAAACUAGAAAACAUAGAUGGCAAACAUGCAAUACAAUGUUGCUAUUUCUCUAUCCGUAAACACCAUCUGAAAUCAUAGUAGAUGAGUUAUUAUCCGGUAUGGGAAUCCACAAGCCAUUAUAGCAUAUAUCCUAUCUGAACUGUGGAAGUGUGGGAACAACACAACUUCCGUAGGAAACCUCAGCAGAAAGUGCAGAAGGCAGCAUAAUACUUUUUUUUGUAGGACAUUUAACACGGGCAAGAUGGAAUAUCUAUUCUAUUCAAGAACGCAACACAGUGUUGGCUACAGAACAGCAGUCAUUCAGCAAUGAAUUGUAGUCAAAAUACCGUGAAAGGAACAGUAACAUACUGUUAUCCCACGGUCUGGAAGUCAUAGUUUUAUGAACGUCACAUGGCAGACCCAGUAGUCCAUAUUCGUGUGACACGGUAACGGCUGAUGUCUGCAGUUUUGGCUCCCAAACACAUAUUAACCCAGCACAAUAAUACAGUUAUGUGUAUGUGGUAAGUCCCGUGUAGCUCAGUUGGUAGAGCAUGGCGCUUGCAACGGCAGGGUUGUGGGUUCGAUUCCCACGGGGGGGGAAAUAAAAAAUGUAUGCACUCACUUAACUGUAAGUCGCUCUGGAUAAGAGCGUCUGCUAAAUGACUUAAAUGUUAAAUGUGAGCAGAGAAGGCAAGCUCUGGGUCUUGUGACUCCUCGUGUGUCCUCUGAAUGGCAUCCUAGCUUAUGGGAAGCUGACCUUAAUGAAAUGCUGACAGGAGAACAGCUGGGACAUACUAAGGAUAUUUUACAAAGCAGUGGCGCUACAUGGUUUAGUGAAUAUGUUUGAACAGCCUCAGUGAUACAGUAUCUCCUAAUCAGGGGUCCCUGAUGAUGAUGAUGAUGAUGAUGAUGAUGGUUCCAUCCCUGUUUAGAGAGUAGUGGCUACACUUAUCAAGGUCUCCGACAAUGUGUUGUGUGAAGUGGGCUACUGGGUUGCACGCUACCCCAACUACCAUUUUGAUUAUGAUGAAGAGCAGCCAGUAACAUGGUGGGGGCCAAAGUACACAACAUAAAGUUCAGACGAGAAGAGCUGAUUCACACUCUCACACAGCUGAUAACAGAAGGGAAAACCAUUUUUUCAAUCAACAUAAUACGUUUGCAGUGUUCAUCUUCCAAGUCGGCCAUUGCCUUGAUGUUGUAGGCCUAUCUCUAAUACUGCUUUCACAAAGUAUUUACAGUGUUUUGGGCAAUGUUUAUACACUACAUGACCAAAAGUAUGUGGACACCUGCUCGUCGAACAUCUCUUUCCAAAAUCGUGGGCAUUAAUAUGGAGUUGGUCCCCCCUUUGCUGCUAUAACAGCCUCCACUCUUCUGGGAUGGCUUUCCACUAGAUGUUGGAACAUUGCUGCAGGCCCGUCAAGUUCUUCCACACCGAUGUCAACAAACUAUUUCUGUAUGGUCCUCGCUUUGUGCACGGGGGGCAUUGUCAUGCUGAAACAGGAAAGGGCCUUCCCCAAACUGUUGCCACAAAGUUGGAAGCACAGAAUCGUCUAGAAUGUCAUUGUAUGCUGUAGCGUUAAGAUUUCCCUUCACUGGAACUAAGGGGCCUAACCCAAAAUGAAAACAGCCCCAGACCAUUAUUCCUCCUCCGCCAAACUUUACAGUUGGCACUAUGCAUUGGGGCAUGUAGCGUUCUCCUGGCAUCCGCCAAACCCAGAUUUGUCUGUCGGACUACCAGAUGGUGAAGCGUGAUUCAUCACUCCAGGCGGCGAGCUUUACACCACUCCAGCUGACGCUUGGCAUUGCGCAUGGUGAUCUUAGGCUUGUGUGCGGCUGCUCGGCCAUGGAAACCCAUUUCAUGAAGCUCCCGACAAAAAGGGAUUGUGCUGAUUUUGCUUCCAGAGGCAGUUUGAUUUUUUUCGUGCUUCAGCAUUCGCCGGUCCCGUUCUGUAAGGUUGUGUGGCCUACCACUUCAGGGCUGAGCCGGCGUUGCCCCUAGAGGUUUCCACUUCACAAUAACAGCACUUACAGUUGACCGGGGCAGCUCUAGCUGGGCAGAAAUUUGACAAACUGACUUGUUGGAAAGGUGGCAUCCUACGACGGUGCGAAGUUGAAAGUCACUGAGCUCUUCAGUAUGGGCCAUUCUACUGCCAAUGUUUGUCUAUGGAGAUUGCAUGGCUGUGUGCUCGGUUUUAUACACCUGUCAGUAAGGUGUGGCUGAAAUAUAUAAUAUAAAUAAUAAUAUAAUGAUAAUAAUAUUCCAUUUAGCAGACGCUUUUAUCCAAAGCGACUUACAGUCAUGUGUGCAUACAUUUUUACGUAAAUAUCUGAAUCCACUCAUUUGAAGGGGUGUCCACAUACUUUUGUGUAUAUAUAGUGUAAGAGGUAAAAGGAUGUGUAAUGUUUAUAUGACCCCCUUUAUAAACAGGCCCAUUUCUACCCCCUUUAUAAACAGGCCCAUUUCUACCCCCUUUAUAAACAGGCCCAUUUCUACCCCCUUUAUAAACAGGCCCAUUCUACCCCCUUUAAACAGGCCCAUUUCUACCCCCUUUAUAAACAGGCCCAUUUCUACCCUUUAUAACGCCAUCUUUUACCCCCUUGUAGAAGCCGACAGCUGGACCCUUUAUAGAAGGCCUGGUCUAAUUUAUAAAUCCAUUGGAAUAUACCACCAUCAAACAGGAAAUCCAUUUUAAUUAUAAGCAGGUCCCAUUACACCUUAUAAACAACCAUUUUACCUUUAAAACAGAGCAUUUUACUUUAUAAUAGGCCUCUAUUUAUAGGGUUUUCCUUUCAGCCAUUUCUGACCCCUAUAAACGAGGCCUAUUUUAGUUAUUAAACAGCACAUCACCCCCAAUCAGGCACACACAUUCACCCCUUUAUAACAGGCCCAUUCUAACUAACAUUCUUGCCUGCAUCUUUUAUACGUCCCGUGCUGGAAUGCCGACAGGCUGGGGACGAGUGGUAGUAGAUGUGGGUGGGGUCUAUUUUUAAUAAAUCCAUUGAGAAUAUACACCAUCAAAAGGAAAUCCAUUAUUAAUUAGUUUAGGCAGGUCCUGAGAAACAUAAGACUAAAUAAAAUGUAUUUUCAAAAGAAUAGAAUAGCAUAUUUUGAGUUUAAUUAGGUCUAUGUUAUGGGUCUGUGCAGCCAUGGCUGACCAUCCAAAUGAAAUCCGUAGUUCCUUAUUUUGUUCAUUAAACAGACAAGACACGCCCACCAGAUCACGGUCAACACACACACAGUGUAUUGGGAAAGUAUUCAGACCCCUUGACUUUUUCCACAUUGUGUUACGUUACGGCCUUAUUCUAAACUUGAUUAAAUAAGUAAAAAUCCCCAGCAAUCUACACACCAAUACCCCAUAAUCGCAAAGCGAAAACAGGUUUUUAGACAUUUUACCAAAUGUAUUAAAAACAGAAAUACCUUAUUUACAUAAGUAUCCCUUUGCUAUGAGACUCGAAAUUGAGCUCAGGUGCAUCCUGUUUCCAUUGAUCAACUUGAGAUGUUUCUACAACUUGAUUGGAGUCCACCUGUGGUAAAUUCAAUUGAUUGGACAUGAUUUGGAAAGGCACACACCUGUCUAUAUAAGGACCCACAGUUGACAGUGCAUGUCAGAGCAAAAACCAAGCCAUGAGGUUGAAGGAAUUGUCCGUAGAGCUCGGAGACAGGAUUGUGUCGAGGCACAGAUCUGGGGAAGGGUACCAAAAACAUUCUGCAGCAUUUGAAGGUCCCCAAGAACACAAUGGCCUCCAUCAUUCUUAAAUGGAAGAAGUUUGGAACCACCAAGACUUUUCCUAGAGCUGGCCGCUCGGCCAGCCAAACUGAACAAUCGGGGAGAAGGGCCUUGGGUCAGGGUGGUGACCAAGAACCCGAUGGUCACUCUGACAAAGCAGCACUCCACCAAUGAGGAGUGACCAGACGAAAGCCAUUCCUCAGUAAAAGGCACAUGACAGCCAGCUUGGAGUUUGACAAAAGGCACCUAAAGGAUUCUCAGACCAUGAGAAACAAGAUUCUCUAGUCUGAUGAAUCCAAGAUGAAACGCUUUGGCCUGAAUGCCAAGCGUCACGUCUGGAGGAAAUCUGGCACCAUCCCUACGGUGAAGCAUGGUGGUGGCAGCAUCAUGCUGUGGGGAUGUUUUUCAGCGGCAGGGACUGGGAGACUAGUCAGGAUCGAGGGAAAGAUGAACGGAGCAAAGUACAGAGAGAUCCUUGAUGAAAACCUGCUCCAGAGCGCUCAGGACCUCAGACUGGGGUGAAGGUUCACCUUCCAAUAGGACAACGACCCUAAGCACACAGCCAAGACAACGCCCGAAUCUCUGAAUGUCCUUGAGUGGCCCAGCCAGAGCCCGGACUUGAACCCGACAUUCAGAGACUCCUGCUUUUAUUUUUUUAUCCACGUUUCAUCUCUUUCCUCCACUUUGUUAGGGAGCAGGCGUAGGUUCUUACAUCGAAAGUAUCUUCAUCAUGAUACCGAUAGAAAAUAAUAGCAAUCUAUAUUUUCAAAAGCAUGUGAGUCUGUCGAUUGAGCAAAAUAAUAGGCCUACUCUUGAUUUAGGCUACAUUGUAGCAUGCUAAAUGUUUCUGAUCAGUGACAGAUGAACACUUGAUUUAGGCUACAUUAUAGCAUGCUAAAUGUUUCUGAUCAGUGACAGAUGAGCUAUACCACCUCCAGUUGCCUGGCCAGAAACCAAUGAACCAAAUAGCCUAUAGAGACGGAGGUUCAGUGAAACAAAAUCACAUUGAUUGAGGCAAGUCAGUGGAGUCACAGACUUCUGGUCGGGAGGAGGCCUGGGUUACUAAACGACUGUGACUGAAGAGCAAAAUAAUCCACUUUUCAAACUACAUAACAUGUAAAAAUGUUCUGAUAACCGAUCCAACUAGACCAGAUGAUCAUGAGGAGCACUCACCUCAUUUUAGCUCAAAUUUUACCAGUCUAAUUGUAGCCUGACCAAUAUCCAAACAGAGAUUCAGUGAAAACAAAAAUCUGACGUAUUGAUUUAUCAAUAGGAAUCCCCACGCUGUGAUUAUCAAUAGGAGUCCCCACGCUGUGAUUAUCAAUAGGAGUCCCCACGCUGUGAUUAUCAAUAGGAGUCCCCACGCUGUGAUUAUCAAUAGGAGUCCCCACGCUGUGAUUAUCAAUAGGAGUCCCCACGCUGUGAUUAUCAAUAGGAGUCCCCACGCUGUGAUUAUCAAUAGGAGUCCCCACGCUGUGAUUAUCAAUAGGAGUCCCCACGCUGUGAUUAUCAAUAGGAGUCCCCACGCUGUGAUUAUCAAUAGGAGUCCCCACGCUGUGAUGGCGGUGCUGAUAUUCGCAUCUACACUGAACAAAAUAUAAAUGCAACAAUUCCAAAGAUUUUACUGAGUUACAGUUCAUAUAAGGAAAUCAGUCAAUUGAAAUACAUUCAUUAGGCCCUAAUUUAUGGAUUUCACAUGACUGGGAAUACAGAUGUUCCCUUUAUCUAAUAUUAGGUUUUGGUUGAAGAUCUGAUAACAAUCAGUAUCGCAAAUAUGCAAAAGUGGAGAAAAUUAGAAAGGGGGCAAAUACUUUUUCAUAGCACUGUAUGUAGUGAGGGCCAGCCAAUGAGAGCGUACAGGUCACAAUGGUGGGUAGUAUAUGGGGCUUUGGUGACAAAACGGAUGGCACCGUGAUAGACUACAUCCAAUUUGCUGAGUAGAGUGUUGGAAGCUAUUUUGUAAAUGACAUCGCCAAAGUCAAGGAUCGGUAGGAUAGUCAGUUUUACGAGGGCAUGUUUGGCAGCAUGAGUGAAGGAGGCUUUGUUGCGAAAUAGGAAGCCGAUUCUAGAUUUAACUUUGGAUUGGAGAUGCUUAAUGUGAGUCUGGAAGGAGAAUUUACGGUCUAACCAGACACCUACAGUGGGGAGAACAAGUAUUUGAUACACUGCCGAUUUUGCAGGUUUUCCUACUUACAAAGCAUGUAGAGGUCUGUAAUUUUUAUCAUAGGUACACUUCAACUGUGAGAGACGGAAAAUCAAAAAUCCAGAAAAUCACAUUGUAUGAUUUUUAAGUAAUUCAUUUGCAUUUUAUUGCAUGACAUAAGUAUUUGAUACAUCAGAAAAGCAGAACUUAAUAUUUGGUACAGAAACCUUUGUUUGCAAUUACAGAGAUCAUACGUUUCCUGUAGGUCUUGACCAGGUUUGCACACACUGCAGCAAGGAUUUUGUCCCACUCCUCCAUACAGACCUUCUCCAGAUCCUUCAGGUUUCGGGGCUGUCGCUGGCCAAUACGGACUUUCAGCUCCCUCCAAAGAUUUUCUAUUGGGUUCAGGUCUGGAGACUGGCUAGGCCACUCCAGGACCUUGAGAUGCUUCUUACGGAGCCACUCCUUAGUUGCCCUGGCUGUGUGUUUCGGGUCGUUGUCAUGCUGGAAGACCCAGCCACGACCCAUCUUCAAUGCUCUUACUGAGGGAAGGAGGUUGUUGGCCAAGAUCUCGCGAUACAUGGCCCCAUCCAUCCUCCCCUCAAUACGGUGCAGUCGUCCUGUCCCCUUUGCAGAAAAGCAUCCCCAAAGAAUGAUGUUUCCACCUCCAUGCUUCACGGUUGGGAUGGUGUUCUUGGGGUUGUACUCACCCUCCAAACACGGCGAGUGGAGUUUAGACCAAAAAGCUCUAUUUUUGUCUCAUCAGACCACAUGACCUUCUCCCAUUCCUCCUCUGGAUCAUCCAGAUGGUCAUUGGCGAACUUCAGACGGGCCUGGACAUGCGCUGGCUUGAGCAGGGGGACCUUGCGUGCGCUGCAGGAUUUUAAUCCAUGACGGCGUAGUGUGUUACUAAUGGUUUUCUUUGAGACUGUGGUCCCAGCUCUCUUCAGGUCAUUGACCAGGUCCUGCCGUGUAGUUCUGGGCUGAACCCUCACCUUCCUCAUGAUCAUUGAUGCCCCACGAGGUGAGAUCUUGCAUGGAGCCCCAGACCGAGGGUGAUUGACCGUCAUCUUGAACUUCUUCAAUUUUCUAUUAAUUGCGCCAACAGUUGUUGCCUUCUCACCAAGCUGCUUGCCUAUUGUCCUGUAGCCCAUCCCAGCCUUGUGCAGGUCUACAAUUUUAUCCCUGAUGUCCUUACACAGCUCUCUGGUCUUGGCCAUUGUGGAGAGGUUGGAGUCUGUUUGAUUGAGUGUGUGGACAGGUGUCUUUUAUACAGGUAAUGAGUUCAAACAGGUGCAGGUAAUGAGUGGAGAACAGGAGGGCUUCUUAAAGAAAAACUAACAGGUCUGUGAGACCCAGAAUUCUUACUGGUUGGUAGGUGAUCAAAUACUUAUGUCAUGCAAUAAAAUGCAAAUGAAUUACUUAAAAAUCAUACAAUGUGAUUUUCUGGAUUUUUGUUUUAGAUUCCGUCUCUCACAGUUGAAGUGUACCUAUGAUAAAAAAUUACAGACCUCUACAUGCUUUGUAAGUAGGAAAACCUGCAAAAUCGGCAGUGUAUCAAAUACUUGUUCUCCCCACUGUAGGUAUUUGUUGUUGUCCACAUAUUCUAAGUCAGACCCGCCGAGAGUAGUGAUUCUAGUCGGGCGGGCGGGUGCAAGCAGCGUUCGAUUGAAGAGCAUGCAUUUAGUUUUACUAGCGUUUAAGAGCAUUUGGAGGCUACGGAAGGAGUGUUGUAUGGCAUUGAAGCUCGUUUCGAGGUUUGUUAACACAGUGUCCAAUGAAGGGCCAGAUGUAUACAAAAUGGUGUCGUCUGCGUAGAGGUGGAUCUGAGAGUCACCAGCAGCAAGAGCGACAUCAUUGAUAUACACUGAGAAAAGUGUCGGCCCGAGAAUUGAACCCUGUGGCACCCCCAUAGAGACUGCCAGAGGUCCAGACAACAGGCCCUCAGAUUUGAGACAUUGAACUCUAUCUGAUAAGUAGUUGGUGAACCAGGUGAGGCAGUCAUUUGAGAAACCAAGGCUAUUUAGUCUGCCAAUAAGAAUGCGGUGAUUGACGGAGUCGAAAGCCUUGGCCAGGUCGAUGAAGACGGCUGCACAGUACCGUCUUUUAUCGAUCGCGGUUAUAAUAUCGUUUAGGACCUUUAGCGUGGCUGAGUUGCACCCAUGACCAGCUCAGAAACCAGAUUGCAUAGCGGAGAAGGUACGGUGGGAUUCGAAAUGGUCGGUGAUCUGUUUGUUAACUUGGCUUUCAAAUACUUUCGAAAGGCAGGGCAGGAUGGAUAUAGGUCUGUAACAGUUUGGAUCUAGAGUGUCACCCCCUUUGAAGAGGGGGAUGACCGCGGCAGCUUUCCAAUCUCUGGGGAUCUCAGACGAUACGAAAGAGAGGUUGAACAGGCUGGUAAUAGGGGGUGCGACAAUUUCGGCGGCUAAUUUUAGAAAGAAAGGGUCCAGAUUGUCUAGCCCAGCUGAUUUGUAGGGGUCCAGAUUUUGCAGCUCUUUCAGAACAUCAGCUGUCUGAAUUUGUGUGAAGGAGAAGCGGGGGGGGGGGCAUGGGCAAGUUGCAGCGGAGGGUGCAGAGCUGGUGGCCGGGGUAGUGGUAGCCAGGUGGAAAGCAAUUUGAUACAUUCCUUCAAUUGCAUUAGGCAACUUUAUUCCAAUAUUUUUGUUAUUCAGUGAUAUUUAUUACCACAGUCAUUCUUUAUGGAUCCAUCCAGUUGUGGUUUAAGAAAACAGUGCAUGCUUAGUGGUGGGCAAUGCGAAGAGCUGGGCGACGUGACAUGGCUUGCAAAGUUGAGAACUGGCAUGAGGACAUUAUCAGGGUGCUGCCUAGCAACCAUGAAGACUUUAAGAGCGUAGUGCGUUCCUCCUCAGCAUUACGGCUACGUUUCAUACUAAACCGUAGGCAGAACUUUACUGAAAUUAAUACUAAGUCGUUUGGAGGAAAUCAACGUUUUGGCUUUGAUACCGGCAAUACCUUUCAGAUAUAAAGAAAAGGUGGAAAAAAGUUGGCGGUGUGUUAAAGUUGGCGGUAUGGUAAAGUUGACGGUGUGGUAAAGUUGACGGUGUGGUAAAGUUGAUGGUAUGGUAAAGUUGAUGGUAUGGUAAAGUUGACGGUGUGGUAAAGUUGACGGUAUGGUAAAGUUGACGGUGUGGUAAAGUUGACAGUGUGGUAAAGUUCACGGUAUGGUAAAGUUGACGGUAUGGUAAAGUUGACGGUAUGGUAAAGUUGACGGUGUGGUAAAGUUGGCGGGGGAAAUGUAUUGGUAUGAAAGGGAUCUAACUGAAUGUAGGGCUAUGACCCUGGAUAUUGGACUCCUCUCUCUAACUGGAUAUUUACAGGGCUACAUUUUACCAUCUCACACACAUUCCAAUAUUCAAUCCAUUUGUAAAUAAAAUGGGACUCUGUUUUACUACCAAGAGGAAUAUCCCACUUUCUGGCCACUCUCCAGUGUGCAGCUCAAUAAGGCCUGGAUAUCUCUGACUGAAUAUAGGGCUGCGUUUGACUAUCUCACAUUAGCUAAGCCUAGCUGCGUCUUUAGAUGGAAAUAGGAGGAGGGCUGCAGUUCAGAUACUAAUACAGAAAUAGUUGACUUCCUCUGUGAGGCCAGAAGUGUCAACAGUAUCAGGAAACCAGCAGUGUGCAGUAGCCCACAGCUUUAAAACCAGCCUUAUCGAUGGUCACAGCUUUAAAACGAGCCUUAUCGAUGGUCACAGCUUUAAAACGAGCCUUAUCGAUGGUCACAGCUUUAAAACGAGCCUUAACUAUGGUCACAGCAUUAAAAUUAACAAUAAUAAUUAAUAAUAAUAAUAAUAAUAUGCCAUUUAGCAGACGCUUUUAUCCAAAGCGACUUACAGUCAUGUGCGCAUACAUUUUUACGUAUGAGUGGUCCCGGGGAUCGAACCCACUACCCUGGCGUUGCAAGCGCCAUGCUCUACCAAUUGGGCUACAGAGCUUUAAAAUGAUCCUUAUCUAUGGUCACAGCAUUAAAAUGAAAAUUAACUAUGGUCACAGCUUUAAAAUUAGUAUUAUCUAUGGCAGGGGGGAACUCAACUACUAUUUGAGAAGGUCCAGAGACACCAAUGUCCUGGGUGAUAAAGGUCCGGAUGGAGAUGGUCCUUUAUCAGCACCAAUGUCCUGGGUGAUAAAGGUCCGGAUGGAGAUCGUCCUUUAUCAGCGUAGUAACCAACAUAGUCGUCUACGACUUAGGAAACAUGUUGUUAUAUAAAAUGCACAUUUAAAUACAUUAAAUGACUAAGAAUUUGAAUUAAUUACAACUUCUUUCAAAUGUAAACAUGUGCAACAUUGCAUCAACAUUGCUGAAGAACAGAAGUGGUUGCAUAAUUGUCUAUACAAAAAGUGCAUUGGCCUUGAAUUAUUAUUAUUAUUAUUAUUAUUAAUUUAAAAUAAAGUGCAUGUUUUCUGGAGAUCAAAGGAGAGUUUAACUAAAAUAAUAAUCUGAAUGCACAGAACGUCACUGUGGGCCAUGCAAUAUUCAUGUAUAAGUCCCUCUGGGCCUUGCCUUGCAGUAAUGAGAGAAAUUACACUUUCUGUCUCCUGCCAAUGCUUUGAACUUUGGCACAAAUGGUGUGAGAGAAACUCUGAGACACUGGUGCAGGUGUUCAUUGGUGAGCCUGGUGCGGUAUUUGUUUUUUAAUAAAGUUCAUUGUGGAGAAGGCAGAUUCACAGCUGUCUGUGGAUCCAAACAUGGUCAGGAUGUGUAGCGCCAGCUGUCUGUGGAGCCAAACAUGGUCAGGAUGUGUAGCGCCAGCUGUCUGUGGAUCCAAACAUGGUCUGGAUGUGUAGCGCCAGCUGUCUGUGGAUCCAAACAUGGUCUGGAUGUGUAGCGCCAGCUGUCUGUGGAUCCAAACAUGGUCCGGAUGUGUAGCGCCAGCUGUCUGUGGAUCCAAACAUGGUCUGGAUGUGUAGCGCCAGCUGUCUGUGGAGCCAAACAUGGUCAGGAUGUGUAGCGCCAGCUGUCUGUGGAGCCAAACAUGGUCAGGAUGUGUAGCGCCAGCUGUCUGUGGAGCCAAACAUGGUCUGGAUGUGUAGCGCCAGCUGUCUGUGGAUCCAAACAUGGUCUGGAUGUGUAGCGCCAGUUUCCUGAACAGGGACAUCAGCUGCAGGCGCCAUCUUUCCCCAGAAAGGGACAGGGUCACGAUCACCAGCCGGCUCCUUCAGAGCCAAUCACCAGCCUGCUCCUUCAAAGCCAAUCACCAGCCGGCUCCUUCUGGGCCAAUCACCAGCCGGCUCCUUCAGAGCCAAUCACCAGCCGGCUCCUUCAGAGCCAAUCACCAGCCGGCUCCUUCAGAGCCAAUCACCAGCCGGCUCCUUCAGAGCCAAUCACCAGCCUGCUCCUUCAGAGCCAAUCACCAGCCGGCUCCUUCAAAGCCAAUCACCAGCCGGCUCCUUCAGAGCCAAUCACCAGCCGGCUCCUUCAGAGCCAAUCACCAGCCGGCUCCUUCAAAGCCAAUCACCAGCCGGCUCCUUCAGAGCCAAUCACCAGCCGGCUCCUUCAGAGCCAAUCACCAGCCGGCUCCUUCAGAGCCGAUCACCAGCCGGCUCCUUCAAAGCCGAUCACCAGCCUGCUCCUUCAAAGCCAAUCACCAGCCUGCUCCUUCAAAGCCAAUCACCAGCCGGCUCCUUCAAAGCCGAUCACCAGCCUGCUCCUUCAAAGCCAAUCACCAGCCGGCUCCUUCAAAGCCGAUCACCAGCCUGCUCCUUCAAAGCCGCAUUUUCUUGCAGCUCAAUCAACUCCAUUUGCAGUGAUGCAGCAUCUACCCAUCUGAAGAUCUGUUUUGCUUCUUCUGACAACUUUGUCAAAUUUGUGACCAAGAAGGUGGUUCUGGAUGAGCAGCAGCAGUUCUCCUCCAACAGUGAAGUCAUCAAAGCGAGCCUUGAAGUUCUCCAUCAGCUUCUGGAUGAAAUGAACCUGGUUGGGAACAUCUUUGUCUCUCUGCAUUUGCACCGGAAGAUUUCUGUCAGCAUCCCUUUGAUGGCCUCAUGGAUAUCCUCUCCCCGUGUGUGUGCUUCUAGAUUUGUUAAGCCCAACAGCUCCUCACAGAAUACCUUCUUUGUUUCGUUAUAAAAUCUGACCCAACACCAGAAGCUGGGCAUUAUCAGUGUUAUCUGUUAAUUCAUCCUAAUGAAAUGCAUGGUGCAUUCUGAAUGGCCUCAUCAAGUUGUGAAGUUUAAAUAUUCAGCUAAUAUUUCAGUUCUCCUCAUGGCUGUGGGAUCUGUUUUGAUCUUUUCUCUGAGCUCAUCUUUUUGUUUACCUUCAAGCAAGGUGUCAGAAACUUCACACAUGCAUUAUUUGCAUUAUCUCAGCAUCUGAAAAUGUUUUUUGUUGUUGUGUUUUUCCAAAACCAAGUUAUCCUCAGUGAACACUCCAUUGCACGUUGUUGGGCUGUCAGGGAAUUGACAAGGAUUUUGGUGGACGUCUCAUAUUGGGAUUUGAGUUGGUUAAUCUAGUUUGUUCUCACCUCCGUGUUCAGGGGAUACGUCUGAUCCAAUUUACUAUGCCUGGUGUCAUAAUGGUGCUUAACAUGGGCACUUUUCAGGAGAGCUACGACUCACUGCAUAUCAGGCAUCAUAUCAUAUAUCAGGCAUCAUGUCAUAUUAUAUCAGGCAUCUUAUCAUAUUUACAUUUACAUUUUAGUCAUUUAGCAGACGCUCUUAUCCAGAGCGACUUACAGUUAGUGAGUGCAUACAUUAUUUUAUUUUUAUUUUUUCAUACUGGCCCCACGUGGGAAUCGAACCCACAACCCUGGCUUUGCAAACGCCAUGCUCUACCAACUGAGCUACAUCCCUGCCGGCCAUUCCCUCCCCUACUCUGGACGACGCUGGGCCAAUUGUGCGCCGCCCCAUGGGCAUCAUAUCAUAUAUCAUGUCAGGCAUCAUAUCAUAUAUCAUGUCAGGCAUCAUAUCAUAUAUCAGGCAUCAAAUCAGAUAUCAUAUCAUAUAUCAGGCAUCAUAUCAUAUAUAUCAGGCAUCAUAUCAUAUAAGGCAUCAUAUCAUAUAUCAGGCAUCAUAUCAUAUAUCAUGUCAGGCACAUUGGUUUUGUGCUAGUUGGAGGGAGAAUGAAUGAAUACUGUUCUGUCCACCUGUAUUUGAAUAUGUGGUUUUUCAGAGUCAACUUGUCAAUUUUUUUAGCCAUAUUACCAAAGAUCCUGGUAACUAAGCUCCUAUCUGUGAUAUUAACAGGGAGAGGGGGAGAGGGACGAGGGGAGAGGGACGAGGGGAGAGGGACGAGGGGAGAGGGGACGAGGGGAGAGGGACGAGGGAGAGAGGGGAGUAGGGACGAGGGGAGAGAGGGGGAGAGGGACGAGGGGAGGGAGAGGGACGAGGGAGGGAGAGGACCCGAGGGGAUGAGAGGGGAGGGGGUACGAGGGGAGAGGGGGGAGAGGGACGAGGGGAGAGGGACGAGGGAGAGGUUACUGAGGUUAGAGUGGCCGCUGCGCCCGGUUUUCUAAAACGGUCAAAAAAUAAUUGAUUGACUUUUAUAGAACAAAAUGCGCUGUUGUCCGGUCCGGAUUGACCCUUCUCUGGGGAACGCGGUCCGCCAGUUGAGUUUGGCUUGUCUAUGGUCACAGCUUUAAAAUGAGCCUUAUCUAUGGCCACGGCUUUAAAAUGAGCCUUAUCUAUGGUCACAGCUUUAAAAUGAGCCUUAUCUAUGGCCACGGCUUUAAAAUGAGCCUUAUCUAUGGCCACAGCAUUAAAAUGAGCCUUAUCUAUGGCCACAGCUUUAAAAUGAGCCUUAUCUAUGGUCACAGCUUUAAAAUGAGCCUUAUCUAUGGCCACGGCUUUAAAUGAGCCUUAUCUAUGGCCACAGCAUUAAAAUGAGCCUUAUCUAUGGCCACAGCAUUAAAAUGAGCCUUAUCUAUGGCCACAGCUUUAAAAUGAGCCUUAUCUAUGGCCACAGCUUUAAAAUGAGCCUUAUCUAUGGUCACAGCUUUAAAAUGAGCCUUAUCUAUGGCCACGGCUUUAAAAUGAGCCUUAUCUAUGGUCACAGCUUUAAAAUGAGCCUUAUCUAUGGCCACAGCAUUAAAAUGAGCCUUAUCUAUGGCCACAGCAUUAAAAUGAGCCUUAUCUAUGGCCACGGCUUUAAAAUGAGCCUUAUCUAUGGCCACGGCUUUAAAAUGAGCCUUAUCUAUGGUCACAGCUUUAAAAUGAGCCUUAUCUAUGGCCACAGCUUUAAAAUGAGCCUUAUCUAUGGCCACGGCUUUAAAAUGAGCCUUAUCUAUGGUCACAGCUUUAAAAUGAGCCUUAUCUAUGGCCACAGCAUUAAAAUGAGCCUUAUCUAUGGCCACAGCUUUAAAAUGAGCCUUAUCUAUGGCCACAGCUUUAAAAUUAGCCUUAUCUAUGGCCACAGCUUUCAAAUUAGCCUUAUCUAUGGCCACGGUUUUACACAGAACCAGAAGCUAUUAUUAUUUUAUGGUACAUUUUACCCACUUUUCUCUCCAAUGUUGUGAUAUCCAAAUGGUAGUUACAGUCUUGUCCCAUCGCUGCAACUCCCUUACGAACUCGGGAUCGAACCCGGAUCUGUAGUGACGCCUCAAGCACUGCAGUGCCUUAGACCGCUGCACCACAGACCGCUGCACCACAGACCGUUGCGCCACAGACCGUUGCGCCACUCGCGAGGCCAACCAGAAGCAAGCUAGAAGGAAUUUCAAAACCAGACUACCUUGUUCGUUGUCAAGAGAGAUGAUGAAACCAUGUCAUUACGUUAGAGGACGUCCUUUUGAAUGAGCCAUUUUAGUUUGUAUUCUUAUAUAUAUUUUACUAUCAUAGAGGUAGUAAACUGAUAAUGAAAAUGUUGUUUUGUCAUUGUUUCACACAGGAAAUCAAGUCAGAGAAGGAACACUCCAGAAAAGAGAAACAUCCAGACUUGUUACCAGGUGCAUCUGGAUAAAUUCCUCCUCUCCACAGAACUUGGAAUUGCCUCGAUGAUUGACAAAUUGGCAUCAAGUUGAUUUGCUCAUAACUUUCCUGUCUCUGUCUGUCUGUCUCUGUCUGUCUGUCUCUGGGUCUGUCUCUGUCUCUGUCUCUGUCUGUCUGUCUCUGUCUGUCUGUCUCUGUGUCUGUCUGGACCAUCCCCAGGCGAGGUGGUGUUCUGCAGUGCCAGCACAGUGUUGAAGUACACUCAGGAUGACCUGUCACAGCGAGGCGUCUUCGGGGCGCUGCUCUGCACCAACUUUAGAGUGUCCUUUGUCAGCGACGAGGCGCCCGCUGAGGAGAUGGUGAGUACCGGCGUCACGUUGAAUAACGGACAGUUUGAUAGGUCACUUCAUCAUGGACACUUCAGACUCUUCCUCUGAACCUGACACACUUCAGACUAAUGACUCUUCCUCUGAACCUGACACACUUCAGACUAAUGACUCUUCCUCUGAACCAGACACACUUCAGACUAAUGACUCUUCCUCUGAACCAGACACACUUCAGACUAAUGACUCUUCCUCUGAACCUGACACACUUCAGACUAAUGACUCUUCCUCUGAACCAGACACACUUUCAGACUAAUGCUCUUCCUCUGACCAGACACACUUCAGACUAAUGACUCUUCCUCUGACGACACACUUCAACUAAUGACUCUUCCUCUGAACCAGACACACUCAGACUAAUGGCUCUUCCUCUGAACUCAGACACACUUCAGACUAAUGGCUCUUCCUCUGAACCAGAACACUUCAGACUAUGGCUCUUCCUCUGAACCAACACACUUCAGAACUCUUCCUCUGAACCUGACACACUUCAGACUAAUGCUCUUCCUCUGAACCAGACACACUUCAGACUAUGGUCUUCCUCUGAACCAGACACACUUCAGACUAAUGACUCUUCCUCUGAACCAGACACACUUCAGACUAAUGGCUCUUCCUCUGAACCAACACACUUCAGACUAAAUGGCUUUCUCUUGACCUGACACACUUCAGACUAAUGCUCUUCCUCUGAACCAGACACACUUCGACGAAUGGCUCUUCCUCUGAACCGACCACUUCAGACUAAUGGCUCUUCCUCUGAACCUGACACACUUCAGACUAAUGGCUCUUCCUCUGAACCAGACACACUUCAGACUAAUGGCUCUUCCUCUGCAGACACACUUCAGACUACCUGGCACACUCCUUCCGAACCUGACACAAUUCAGACAUAAAAUGGCUCUCCGUCUGAAACCAGACACCUUCAGACUAAUGGCUCUUCCUCUUGAACCAGACCACAACUUCAGACUAAUGGGGCUCUUCCUUUGAACCCAGACACACUCAAGGACGAAUGGCUCUUUCUCUGAACCAGGACACACUUCAGACUAAUGACUCCUCCUUGAACCAGACACACUUCAGGACUAAUGACUCUUCCUCUGAACCUGACACACUUCAGACUAUGAUCUUCCUCUGAACCAGACACACUUCAGACUAAUGACUCUUCCUCUGAACCAGACACACUUCGCUAAUGACUCUUCUCUGAACCAGACACACUUCAGACUAAUGACUCUUCCUCUGAACCUGACACACUCAGACUAAUGACUCUUCCUCUGAACCAGACACACUUCAGACUAAUGACUCUUCCUCUGAACCGACACACUUCAGACUCUUCCUCUGAACCAGACACACUCAGACUAAUGACUCUUCCUCUGAACCUGACACACUUCAGACUCUUCCUUCUGAACCAGACACACUUCAGACUAAUGACUCUUCCUCUGAACCUGACACACUUCAGACUCUUCCUCUGAACCAGACACACUUCAGACUAAUGACUCUUCCUCAUGAACCCUGACACACUUCAGACUAAUGACUCUUCCUCUGAACCAGACACACUUAGACUAAUGACUCUUCCUGAACCGACUACACUUCAGACUCUUCCUCUGAACCAGGACACACUUCAGACUAAUGGCUCUUCCUCUGAACCGACACACUGACAGCACUCUUCCUCUGACCAACACACUUCGACUAUUCUCUCUGAACCAGACACACUUCAGACUAAUGACUCUUCCUCUGAACCGACACACUUCAGACUAAUGACUCUUCCUCUGAACCAGACACACUUCAGACUAAUGACUCUUCCUCUGAACCAGACACACUUCAGACUAAUGACUCUUCCUCUGAACCAGACACACUUCAGACUAAUGACUCUUCCUCUGAACCAGACACACUUCAGACUAAUGACUCUUCCUCUGAACCAGACACACUUCAGACUAAUGACUCUUCCUCUGAACCAGACACACUUCAGACUAAUGCUUUCCUCUGAACCAGACACACUUCAGACUAAUGACUCUUCCUCUGAACCAGACACACUUCAGACUAAUGACUCUUCCUCUGAACCAGACACACUUCAGACUAAUGGCUCUUCCUCUGAACCAGACACACUUCAGAUAAUGACUCUUCCUCUGAACCAGACACACUUCAGACUAAUGACUCUUCUCUGAACCAGACACACUUCAGACUAAUGACUCUUCCUCUGAACCAGACACACUUCAGACUAAUGACUCUUCCUCUGAACCAGACACACUUCAGACUAAUGACUCUUCCUCUGAACCUUCAGACUCUCUUGAACCAGACCAUUCAGGACUAAUGACUCUUCCUCUGAACCUGACCACACUUCAGACUCUUCCUCUGAACCAGACACACUUCAGACUAAUGACUCUUCCUCUGAACCAGACACACUUCAGACUAAGACUCUUCCUCUGAACCGACACACUUCAAGACUUUACAGACUCGAUUCCUCCUGAACCAGACACACUUCAGACUAAUGACUCUUCCUCUGAACAGACACACUUCAGACUAAUGACUCUCCUCUGAACCUGACACACUUCAGACUCUUCUCUGAACCAGACACACUUCAGACUAAUGACUCUUCCUCUGAACCUGACACACUUCAGACUAAUGACUCUCCUCUGAACCGACACACUUCAGACAUGACUUCCUCUGAACCGACACACUUCAGACUAAGACUCUUCCUCUGAACCAGACACACCUUCAGACUAAUGGCUCUUCCUCUGAACCAGACACACUUCAGACUAAUGACUCUUCCUCUGAACCGACACACUUCAGACUCUUCCUCUGAACCAGACACACUUCAGACUAAUGACCUUCUCUACCUGCCUCAGAAACUCUCUUGAAGACACACUUCAGACUCUUCCUCUGAACCAGACACACUUCAGACUAAUGGACUCUUCCUCUGAACCGACACACUUCAGACUAAUGACUCUUCCUCUGAACCAGACACACUUCAGACUAAUGACUCUUCCUCUGAACCAUGACACACUUCAGACUCUUCCUCUGAACCAGACACACUUCAGACUAAUGACUCUUCCUCUGAACCAGACACACUUCAGACUAAUGACUCUUCCUCUGAACCAGACACACUCAGACUAAUGACUCUUCCUCUGAAACCCAGACACAUUCAGACUAAUGGACUCUUCCUCUGAACCAGACACACUUCAGACUAAUGACUCUUCCUCUGAACCGAACACAACUUUCAGACUCAUGUCCUCUGAACCAGACACACUUCAGACUAAUGACUCUUCCUCUGAACCAGACACACUUCAGACUCUUCCUCUGAACCAGACACACUUCAGACUAAUGACUCUUCCUCUGAACCAGACACACUUCAGACUAAUGACUCUUCCUCUGAACCUGACACACUUCAGACUACUGACCUUCCUCUGACCAGACACACUUCAGACUAAUGACUCUUCCUCUGAACCUGACACACUUCAGACUAAUGACUCUUCCUCUGAACCGACACACUUCAGACUAAUGACUCUUCCUCUGAACCAGACACACUUCAGACUAAUGACUCUUCCUCUGAACCAGACACACUUCAGACUAAUGACUCUUCCUCUGAACCAGACACACUUCAGACUAAUGACUCUUCCUCUGAACCAGACACACUUCAGACUAAUGACUCUUCCUCUGAACCAGACACACUUCAGACUCUUCCUCUGAACCAGACACACUUCAGACUCUCCUCUGAACCAGACACACUUCAGACUAAUGACUCUUCCUCUGAACCAGGACACACUUCAGACUAAUGACUCUUCCUUGAACCUGACACACUUCAGACUCUUCCUCUGAACAGCACACUUCAGACUAAUGACUCUUCCUCUGAACCUGACACACUUCAGACUAAUCUUUCCUCUGAACCAGACACACUUCAGACUAAUGACUCUUCCUCUGAACCAGACACACUUCAGACUCUUCCUCUGAACCAGGACACACUUCAGACUAAUGACUCUUCUCUGAACCAGACCACUUCAGAAUCUCUUCCUCUGAACCAGACACACUUCAGACUAAUGACUCUUCCUCUGAACCUGACACAUUCAAUUGACUCUUCCUCUGAACCUAGACACACUUCAGACAAUGCUUCCUUGAACCAGACACACUUCAGACUAAUGACUCUUCCUCUGAACCUGACACACUUCAGACUCUUCCUCUGAACCAGACACACUUCAGACUAAUGACUCUUCCUCUGAACCUGACACACUUCAGACUAAUGACUCUUCCUCUGAACCAGACACACUUCAGACUAAUGACUCUUCCUCUGAACCUGACACACUUCAGACUUCUUCCUCUGAACCAGACACACUUCAGGACUAAUGACUUCCUCGAACCUGACACAUUAGACUCUUCCUUGAACCAGACACACUUCAGACUAAAUGACUCUUCCUCUGAACCAGGACACACUUCAGACUCUUCCUCUGAACCAGACACACUUCAGACUAAUGACUCUUCCUCUGAACCUGACACACUUCAGACUCUUUCCUCUGAACCAGACACACUUCAGACUAAUGACUCUUCCUCUGAACCUGACACACUUCAGACUAAUGGCUCUUCCUCUGAACCAGACACACUUCAGACUAAUGACUCUUCCUCUGAACCAGACACACUUCAGACUAAUGACUCUUCCUCUGAACCAGACACACUUCAGACUAAUGACUCUUCCUCUGAACCAGACACACUUCAGACUAAUGACUCUUCCUCUGAACCUGACACACUUCAGACUCUUCCUCUGAACCAGACACACUUCAGACUAAUGACUCUUCCUCUGAACCUGACACACUUCAGACUCUUCCUCUGAACCAGACACACUUCAGACUAAUGACUCUUCCUCUGAACCAGACACACUUCAGACUAAUGACUCUUCCUCUGAACCAGACACACUUCAGACUCUUCCUCUGAACCUGACACACUUCAGACUAAUGACUCUUCCUCUGAACCUGACACACUUCAGACGAAUGGCUCUUCCUCUGAACCUGACACACUUCAGACUCUUCCUCUGAACCAGACACACUUCAGACUAAUGACUCUUCCUCUGAACCUGACACACUUCAGACUAAUGGCUCUUCCUCUGAACCAGACACACUUCAGACUAAUGACUCUUCCUCUGAACCAGACACACUUCAGACUCUUCCUCUGAACCAGACACACUUCAGACUAAUGACUCUUCCUCUGAACCAGACACACUUCAGACUCUUCCUCUGAACCAGACACACUUCAGACAAGACUCUUCCUCUGAACCGACACCUUCAGACUAAUAUCUUCCUACUGACUAACUUAGACUCUUCCUCUGAACCAGACACACUUCAGACUAAUGACUCUUCCUCUGAACCUGACACAUUCAGACUAAGCUUCCUCUGAACCAGACACACUUCAGACUCUUCCUCUGAACCAGACACACUUCAGACUAAUGACUCUUCCUCUGAACCAGACACACUUCAGACUAAUGACUCUUCCUCUGAACCAGACACACUUCAGACUAAUGACUCUUCCUCUGAACCUGACACACUUCAGACUCUUCCUCUGAACCAGACACACUUCAGACUAAUGACUCUUCCUCUGAACCUGACACACUUCAGACUAUCUUCCUCUGAACCAGACACACUUCAGACUAAUGACUCUUCCUCUGAACCAGACACACUUCAGACUAAUGACUCUUCCUCUGAACCAGACACACUUCAGACUAAUACUCUUCCUCUGAACCUAGAACACUUCAGACUAAUGACUCUUCCUCUGAACCUGACACAUUAGACAGCUCUCUCUGACUGACACAUUAGACUCUUCCUCUGAACCAGACACACUUCAGACUAAUGCUCUUCCUCUGAACCUGACACACUUCAGACUCUUCCUCUGAACCAGACACACUUCAGACUAAUGACUCUCCUCUGAACCAGACACACUUCAGACUCUUCCUCUGAACCAGACACACUUCAGACUAAUGACUCUUCCUCUGAACCAGACACACUUCAGACUCUUCCUCUGAACCAGACACACUUCAGACUAAUGACUCUUCCUCUGAACCAGACACACUUCAGACUAAUGACUCUUCCUCUGAACCUGACACACUUCAGACUCUUCCUCUGAACCAGACACACUUCAGACAUCUUUCCUCUGAACCUGACACACUUCAGACUAAGGCUCUUCCUCUGAACCCAGACACACUUCAGGACUUAAUGACUCUUCCUCUGAACCCUGACUCACUUCAGACUCUUUCUCUGACAUGACCACCAUUCAGACUCUUCCUAUUGAACCAGACACACUUCAGGACUAAUGACUCUUCCUCUGAACCAGACACACUUCAGACUAAUGACUCUUCCUCUGAACCAGGACACACUUCAGACUAAUGACUCUUUCCUCUGUUAAACCGCAGGACACCACUUCAGACUAAUCGAAUCCUUCCUCCUGAACCUGGACACACUCAGACUCUUCCUCAUGAACCAGACACACUUCAGACUAAUGACUCGUCCUUCGAAACCUGACACACUUCAGACUCUUCCUCUGAAACCAGGACACACUUCAGACUAAUGACAUCUUCCCUCUGAACCAGGACACACUUCAGACUAAUGACUCUUCCUCUGAACCAGGACCACACUUCAGACUCUUCCUCGUGAACCUGACACCACUUCAGACUAAUGACUCUUCCUCUGAACCUGACACACUUCAGACUAAUGACUCUUCCUCUGAACCUGACACACUUCAGACUCUUCCUCUGAACCAGACACACUUCAGACUAAUGGCUCUUCCUCUGAACCAGACACACUUCAGACUAAUGGCUCUUCCUCUGAACCUGACACACUUCAGACUAAUGACUCUUCCUCUGAACCAGACACACUUCAGACUAAUGACUCUUCCUCUGAACCUGACACACUUCAGACUAAUGACUCUUCCUCUGAACCAGACACACUUCAGACGAAUGGCUCUUCCUCUGAACCAGACACACUUCAGACUAAUGACUCUUCCUCUGAACCAGACACACUUCAGACUAAUGACUCUUCCUCUGAACCAGACACACUUCAGACUCUUCCUCUGAACCAGACACACUUCAGACGAAUGGCUCUUCCUCUGAACCAGACACUCUCAGAGGGUGAUGUUGAAUGAGGAAGUACCCAGAUGAGAGUGAGCACACACACUUUCUUUAUUACAGAAGCCAUUUGGGGAACUGAGUAUGUGACUCAGGAGUAGUGUUUGUUUUGAUUAGAGCUCAGGCAGCUGCUGCUGUUUAUCCUGUUCCCAAAUGUGUCUGAAUGGCUGAAUAUAUUAUAAUAAUGUUCUUCCUUACGUAGGGCCAGCUCUUCAAGAAUAAACUCUACGGUGAAAAUGACAUCCCUCUUUCGUGUGUGGAUAACAUCUAUGGAGGUACAUCUUACUGAAAUAUUGUUUUAUUCAACUUUUGAAUAUUUCCUAGUUUCCUUCCAGUCGUACUCAGUGUUUACUAGUCAUUUUAAAGUCUUGAGAUGAAUAGAUUGUUUUGCCUUUUGAAAGAAUAUCACUGGAGUCUUGAUCAUUUUGUGACGUCUGUCUUCAGGUUAUGAAGACAAGAAGAAGCUGUUAACAGGAGGUCUGAUGAAGAACAAGUAUCCGUCUAAGAUCAUCAUCCACUGCAAAGACUUACGGGUGUUUCAGUUUUCUCUGACCUUCUCUAAAGAGGAAGAUGCCAAAAAGGUGCAGCUACCGGCUUCCAAAAAUCCCAAAUGUAUUCUAUCUUGUUGAUUGAUUGAUUGAUUGAUUGAUUGGAAACAUGCUUCGUCUCCCCUUGAUAGAUCUUCCAAGGGAUUAUCCACCACUGUCUGGAGCCGAAGUCCCUGAGAUGCCUCUUUGCUUUUUCCUACUGCGAGAACACCUCGUAUCCAGGUAGGUGUAGUUACUGUAGAGAACACCUCGUAUCCAGGUAGGCGUAGUUACUGUAGAGAACACCUCGUAUCCAGGUAGGUGUAGUUACUGUAUAGAACACCUCGUAUCCAGGUAGCCGUAGUUACUGUAGAGAACGCCUCGUAUCCAGGUAGGCGUAGUUACUGUAGAGAACACCUCGUAUCCAGGUAGGUGUAGUUACUGUAGAGAACACCUCGUAUCCAGGUAGGCGUAGUUACUGUAGAGAACGCCUCAUAUCCAGGUAGCCGUAGUUACUGUAGAGAACGCCUCGUAUCCAGGUAGGUGUAGUUACUGUAGAGAACGCCUCGUAUCCAGGUAGGUGUAGUUACUGUAGAGAACAUCUCGUAUCCAGGUAGGCAUAGUUACUGUAGAGAACGCCUCGUAUCCAGGUAGGUGUAGUUACUGUAGAGAACACCUCGUAUCCAGGUAGGUGUAGUUACUGUAGAGAACACCUCGUAUCCAGGUAGGCGUAGUUACUGUAGAGAACACCUCGUAUCCAGGUAGGUGUAGUUACUGUAGAGAACACCUCGUAUCCAGGUAGGUGUAGUUACUGUAGAGAACGCCUCGUAUCCAGGUAGGUGUAGUUACUGUAGAGAACACCUCGUAUCCAGGUAGGUGUAGUUACUGUAGAGAACACCUCGUAUCCAGGUAGGCGUAGUUACUGUAGAGAACACCUCGUAUCCAGGUAGGUGUAGUUACUGUAGAGAACACCUCGUAUCCAGGUAGGUGUAGUUACUGUAGAGAACACCUCAUAUCCAGGUAGGUGUAGUUACUGUAGAGAACACCUCGUAUCCAGGUAGGUGUAGUUACUGUAGAGAACAUCUCGUAUCCAGGUAGGUGUAGUUACUGUAGAGAACAUCUCGUAUCCAGGUAGGUGUAGUUACUGUAGAGAACACCUCGUAUCCAGGUAGGCGUAGUGAAUGACACAAGAUCACAAGUCCUGAUGUGUCACCGCUAAAAUCUAAUGUAACAGGUGUCUCUGGGUAAUAUUACAUUACAUUUUUAGUCAUUUAGCAGACGCUGUUAUCCAGAGCGACUUACAGUUAGUGAGUGCACACAUGAACUCACAACAGGACUACUAGGCCCAAGUCUCCCUACACAGAGCUGCUUGUCAACACGCCAUCACAGAGGGAUAGCCUUGUCAACACGCCAUCACAGAGGGAUAGCCUUGUCAACAACGCUCAUACAGAGGGAUAGCUUGUAAACGCCAUCCAGAGGAUAGCCUGUCAACGCCAUCACCGAGGGAUAGCCUUGUCAACUCAUCAACAGAGGGAUAGCCUUGUCAACCCGCCAUCACAAGGGUAGCCUUGUCAACACCCAUCACAGAGGGAUAGCCUUGUCAACACGCCAUCACAGAGGGAUAGCCUUGUCAACACGCCAUCACAGAGGGAUAGCCUUGUCAACACGCCAUCACAGAGGGAUAGCCUUGUCAACACGCCAUCACAGAGGGAUAGCCUUGUCAACACACCAUCACAGAGGGAUAGCCUUGUCAACACGCCAUCACAGAGGGAUAGCCUUGUCAACACGCCAUCACAGAGGGAUAGCCUUGUCAACACACCAUCACAGAGGGAUAGCCUUGUCAACACACCAUCACAGAGGGAUAGCCUUGUCAACACACCAUCACUAAUAUUUCUGCAUAUUUUCUGCGAGGAGAAGAAGGCUGAAGUAAAGAGAGAAGCCCCAAAACACAUUCUAGAAUGUGGUUUUGUUACCAAUGGUUACCCAUGACUGUGUUCCAGCCCCAACGGUUACAGAGCUGUUAGUGAGGUGAACGAUCCCUGCAGUGUGGCCCCGCUGUCACGUCCCCUGUCACCGUCAGGCAGGACUCUAUAGGGCCCUUUGUCUGUCUGAGACGGCACUGAGCCCAAGAGAUGUCAGCUGCGACAUUCCUCAAAGCUCCUCUGUCACGGUCUCUCCUCUCUCUUCCUUGUGGUCGUGGACUGGUAAGGCUGAUUCUGUCCCACAACGCUGUUCAGUAUGGGGUUAUGUUCCGGUCUCUCUCUGUCUCCUCUCAUUGCUCGCCGCAUGUUCACAGAGCGGUGACUUGUAUUGAGUCAGUGUGACAGACAGACAGACAGACAGACUGGGCUUCUAUUAACUCUGAGAUCUGCUAGCCUGCAUACCCCAGACCGGGCUUCUAUUAACUCUGAGAUCUGCUAGCCUGCAUACCCCAGACCGGCUUCUAGUAACCUGAGAUCUGCUAGCCUGCAUACCCUAUACUGGGCUUCUAUUACUCUGAGAUCUGCUAGCCUGCAUACCCCAUACUUGGGCUUCUAUUAACUCUGAGAUCUGCUAGCCUGCAUACCCCAGACCGGGCUUCUAUUAACUCUGAGAUCUGCUAGCCUGCAUACCCCAGACAGGGCUUCUAUUAACUCUGAGAUCUGCUAGCCUGCAUACCCCAGACCGGGCUUCUAUUAACUCUGAGAUCUGCUACCUGCAUACCUAGACUGGGCUUUAUUAACUCUGAGAUCUGUAGCCUGCAUACCCACAGACUGGGCUCUAUUAACCUGAGAUCUGUAGCCUGCAUACCCGACCGGGCUUAUUAACUCUGAAAUCUGCUAGCCUGCAUACCCCAGACGGGUCUCUAUUAAUCUGAGAUUGCUAGCUGCAUACCCCAGACGGGUUCUAUUAACUCUGAGAUCUGUAGCCUGUACCCAGACCGGGCUUCUAUUAACUCUGAGAUCUGCUAGCCUGCAUACCCAGACUGGGCUUCUAUUAAUCUGAGAUCUGCUAGCCUGCAUACCCAGCAGGGCUUCUAUUAACUCUGAGAUGUGCGCCUGCAUACCCCAGACAGGGCUUCUAUAACUUGAGUUGCUAGCUGCAUACCAGCUGGGCUUCUAUUAACUCUGGAGAUCAGCUAGCCUGCCAUACCCGGGGACUGGGCUUCUAUUAAUCUGAGAUCUGCUAGCUGCAUACCAGAGGGCUUUAUUAACUCUGAGAUCACUAGCCUGCAUACCCCAGAUGGGUUCUAUUAAUCUGAGAUCAGAGCUGCAUACCCUAGAACUGGGUUCUACUUAAACCCUGAGAUCUGUAGCUGCAUACCCAGACUGGCUCUAUUAACUCUGAGAUCUGCUAGCCUGCAUACCCCAGACCGGGCUUCUAUAAACUCUGAAUUGCUAGCCUGCAUACCCCAGACUGGGCUUCUUUAACUCGAGAUUGCUAGCCUGCAUACCCCAGACACGGGCUUUAUUAACUCUGAGAUCUGCUAGCCUGCAUACCCCAGACCGGGCUUCUAUUAACUCUGAGAUCUGCAGCUGCAUACCCCAGACUGGGCUUCUAUUAACUCUGAGAUCUGCUAGCCUGCAUACCCCAGACCGGGCUUCUAUUAACUCUGAGAUCUGCUAGCCUGCAUACCCCAGACCGGGCUUCUAUUAACUCUGAGAUCUGCUAGCCUGCAUACCCCAGACCGGGCUUCUAUUAACUCUGAGAUCUGCUAGCCUGCAUACCCCAGACUGGGCUUCUAUUAACUCUGAGAUAUGCUAGCCUGCAUACCCCAGAUCUGUUUGUGCUUUCUUACCACCGCCAUGACUGUCAUUAUCACCAAACUGUUACAGAAUGUCAAUGUACAGGGCGGCGAGUGGAGCAUCUCAGUGCUAUAGACGUCACUACAGACCCGGGUUCGAUGCCGGGCUGUAUCACAACCGGCCGUGAUCGGGAGUCCCAUAGGGCGGAGCACAAUUGGCCCAGAGUCGUUUGGGUUAGGGGAGGGUUUGGCCGAGGGGGCUUUACUUGGCUCAUCGCGCUCUAGCGACUCCUUGUGGCGGGCCGGGCACCUGCAGGCUAACCUCUGUCGUCAGGGGAACGGUGUUUCCUCCGAUAGAUUGGUGCGGCUGGCUUCCAGGUUAAGCAGGCGGGUGUUAAGAAGGGUGGUUUGGCGGGUCAUGUUUCGGAGGACGCAUGACUCGACCUUCGCCUCUCCCGAGCCCGUUGGGGAGUUGCAGCGAUGAGACAAGAUCGAAAAAGAGGGUAACAUUUUAAAUAAAAUAUAUAUAAUGUCAAUGUAUUCAAAUCUAUUUCAGAAUGUUGACCACAAACCCAUGAAGAUGACAAAUACAGAUGCAUACACAGAUCUGUAGAGAGCCAUUGAGAGAACGUCUGCUAAAUGACGUAAAUGUAAAUGUAAGUAACACUGCCUUGUGUUUUCCCAGAGAUGCAGAGGAAAAAGCAGACGGUGAUGUUUGACUCUGUGGAGGACUGGACUCAGGACAUGAAGAGAACUAAAGGAAACUGCAGACUGGUCUCAGAGAACCGCAGCUUUGAGCUCUCUCCAAAGUACUGCCAUUACAUUUUUUUUAAACAUCCGACCAAAUGCCACACGUAAUAUAACUGCUGGAACAUGCUAGUUGUAUAUCAAGACAUCGCAUCAACAUGAUCAACAUGUUGUUGGUUGAAGUACUCUGUAGUUGUAUCCUUGAUUCACCUGUUUCCUGUUUUAUCAUGAUUUGAAGUUAACAAAAAGCUUUUUCCUGCAGGCUGCCUCAGUUUUUUAUUGUCCCAGCAAACGUCUCGGACGAGGACUUGACUAAGUACCAGGGAAAGGGAUUACCGGUAUGUGUCGAUUUUUUUUUUGUAUGCCGUUUUGUGUCUGGUACUUGAAAAAUUGAAUAUCUCACAUUUAAUUACAGUGCUGUGAAAAAGUAUUUGCCCCCUUUCUAAUUUUCUCCACUUUUGCAUAUUUGUGAUACUGAAUGUUAUCAGAUCUUCAACCAAAACCUAAUAUUAGAUAAAGGGAACAUAAGUGAACAAAUAACACAAUAAUUACAUUUUUAUUUCAUUUAUUUCAUUUAUUUCAUAAACAAAGUUAUGCAACACCCAAUUCCCCUGUGUGAAAAAGUAAUUGCCCCCUUACACUCAAUAACUGGUUGUGCCACCUUUAGCUGCAAUGACUCCAACCAAAUGCUUCCUGUAGUUGUUGAUCAGUCUCUCACGUCGCUGUGGAGGAAUUUUGGCCCACUCUUCCAUGCAGAACUGCUUUAACUCAGUGACGUGUGGGUUUUCAAGCAUGAACCGCUCGUUUCAAGUCCUGCCACAACAUCUCAAUUGGGAUUAGGUCUGGACUUUGACUAGGCCACUCCAAAACAUUAUAUUUGUUGCUUUUCAGCCAUUCUGAUGUAGACAUGCAUGUGUGUUUUGGAUCAGUGUCUUGCUGCAUGACCCAGCUGCGCUUCAGCUUCAGCUCACAGACGGAUGGUCUGACAUUCUGCUGUAGAAUUCUCUGAUACAGAGCAGAAUUCAUGGUUCCUUCUAUUAAGGCAAGUCGUCCAGGUCCUGAGGCAGCAAAGCAUCCCCAAACCAUCACACCACCACCACCAUGCUUGAACAAGAUCAAAAUGCCUGGCGAAAACCAAACUCUGCAUUCCACAGUAAGAACAUCAUACCAAAGGUCAAGCGUGGUGGUGGUGGUGUGAUGGUUUGAGAUGUUGUGGCAGGACUUGAAACGAGCGGUUCAUGCUUGAAAACCCACACGUCAAUGAGUUAAAGCAGUUCUGCAUGGAAGAGUGGGCCAAAAUUCCUCCACAGCGACGUGAGAGACUGAUCAACAACUACAGGAAGCAUUUGGUUGGAGUCAUUGCAGCUAAAGGUGGCACAACCAGUUAUUGAGUGUAAGGGGGCAAUUACUUUUUCACACAGGGGAAUUGGGUGUUGCAUAACUUUGUUUAUGAAAUAAAUGAAAUAAAUAUGUAAUUGUUGUGUUAUUUGUUCACUUAUGUUCCCUUUAUCUAAUAUUAGGUUUUGGUUGAAGAUCUGAUAACAUUCAGUAUCACAAAUAUGCAAAAGUAGAGAAAAUUAGAAAGGGGGCAAAUACUUUUUCCACAGCACUGUAUAUGGCCAUAACUCUUCACUUGCUGUAUGGUCAGUAUACAAAUGAAUGAAUGUAUUUGAUCCCGUCUGUUUCAGAUGUGGUGCUGGUCUCAUCAUAGUGGCUGUGCCUUGUUUAAAACAGCCUCUCUACCCCUGCUACCAGAGGACAACGUUCCACAAACACACAUGGAGAAGUAAGAGACAUUACAUCCCGUGCCAUUUCCUUAUUGGUUAGAUCAUGUUGAGUAUUGUCUGUGUUUUAAUAGUGACGAAUGCUUAUGUAUUUUACAUGAUUUUUAUAAAUGUUAUAUGUGGCUUUUAUGACUGUUGCAGUCCGUAGGUUCCCUUUUUAAAUGAAGUGUACCGACUUUUGUCUAAUACGGUGAGGUGUGUGUUGCAGAAUGUUGACGGCUGUGGCUCACAACCACCUGUACUCAGUAAAGACAGAAGACCUGUCAGAGACACUUCCCACCGUACAGGACAUCCAGCUGUCUUACAACAAGUUCAAACAGUUCUUCCUCAUCGACAAUACAACAGAGUUUUGGAUGUCCGAUAUGAAGUGGUUCUCCUCACUUGACAACUGUGGAUGGCUGGACAUCAUCAGGUGAGAUUUGAAAACCAAACUACUAUUUGUCCUGUGUUACAAUGUUUAUUAGGUACACCACCCCGUUCAGGAAAAUGAUUGGCUCCUACAGACAGUGAGUCAGGUGGCCGUGGCUUGCUAUAUAAAAACAUAGUUACUGUUCGGUUGAACGUUAGAACGGGCAAAACUAGUGACCUAAGAGACUUUGAGAGUGGUAUGAUCGUCGGUGCCAGGCGCACCGGAUCCAGUAUCUCAGAAACGGCCGGCCUCCUGGGAUUUUCACGUACAACAGUGUCUAUUGUUUUACGAGAAAUGGUGUGAAAAACAUCGCCUGGUCCGAUGAAUCCCGGUUCCUGUUGCGUCAUGCUGAUGUCAGAGUCAGGAUUUGGUGUGAGCAGCAUGAGUCCAUGGCCCCAUCCAGCCUGGUGUCAACGGUGUAGCCUGGUGGUGGUGAAAUGGUGUAAGGAAUGUUUUCCUGACAUACGUUAGGUCCCUUGAUACCAACUGAGAAAUGUUUGAAUUCCACACCUUGUAGAAUCAAUACCCCAGACUGUUCUGGAGACAAGGGGGGGGUCCGACUCGGUACUAGAUAGGUGUACCUAAUAAAAUGGCCACUGAGUGUAUAUGUCCAGUGUUACCAAUGUAUUUGUUUUAGCGUUUACGGUAAGAGUCAAUGUCUUGUCUUACACUAAGAGUCAAUGUCUUGUGUGUUGCAGACAGUGCCUCCAGAAGGCUGUGGAGGUAGUUGAAUGCCUGGAGAAGGAAAACACAAAUGUUCUCAUUAUGGGUAAGGACCAGUUAUCUGAGUAAGGACCAGUUAUAGGGACCAGUUAUAUGGGUAAGGACCAGUUAUAGGGACCAGUUAUAUGGGUAAGGACCAGUUAUAGCGACCAGUUAUAUGGGUAAGGACCAGUUAUAUGGGUAAGGACCAGUUAUAGGGACCAGUUAUAUGGGUAAGGACCAGUUAUAUGGGUAAGGACCAGUUAUAUGGGUAAGGACCAGUUAUAUGGGUAAGGACCAGUUAUAUGGGUAAGGACCAGUUAUAUGGGGUAAGGACCAGUUAUAUGGGUAAGGACCAGUUAUAAGGACCAGUUAUAUGGAUAAGGACCAGUUAUAUGGGUAAGGACCAGUUUAUAUGGGUAAGGACCAGUUUAUAUGGGUAAGGACCAGUUAUAUGGGUAAGGACCAGUUAUAUGGGUAAGGACCAGUUAUAAGGACCAGUUAUAUAGGACCAGUUAUAUGGGUAAGGACCAGUUAUAUGGGUAAGGACCAGUUAUAUGGGUAAGGACCAGUUAUAUGGGUAAGGACCAGUUAUAUGGGUAAGGACCAGUUAUAUGGGUAAGACCAGUUAUAUGGGUAAGGACCAGUUAUAUGGGUAAGGACCAGUUAUAUGGGUAAGGACCAGUUAUAGGGGUAAGGACCAGUUAUAUGGGUAAGGACCAGUUAUAAGGACCAGUUAUAUGGGUAAGGACCAGUUAUAUGGGGAAGGACCAGUUAUAUGGGGAAGGACCAGUUAUAUGGGGAAGGACCAGUUAUAUGGGUAAGGACCAGUUAUAUGGGUAAGGACCAGUUAUAUGGGUAAGGACCAGUUAUAUGGGUAAGGACCAGUUAUAUGGGGAAGGACCAGUUAUAUGGGGAAGGACCAGUUAUAUGGGGAAGGACCAGUUAUAUGGUAAGGACCAGUUAUAUGGGUAAGGACCAGUUAUAGGGGUAAGGACCAGUUAUAGGGGUAAGGACCAGUUAUAUGGGUAAGGACCAGUUAUAAGGACCAGUUAUAUGGGUAAGGACCAGUUAUAGGGGUAAGGACCAGUUAUAUGGGGAAGGACCAGUUAUAUGGGUAAGGACCAGUUAUAUAGGACCAGUUAUAUGGGUAAGGACCAGUUAUAGGGGUAAGGACCAGUUAUAUGGGUAAGGACCAGUUAUAUGGGUAAGGACCAGUUAUAUGGGGUAAGGACCAGUUAUAUGGGUAAGGACCAGUUAUAUGGGUAAGGACCAGUUAUAUGGGUAAGGACCAGUUAUAUGGGUAAGGACCAGUUAUAUGGGUAAGGACCAGUUAUAUGGGUAAGGACCAGUUAUAUGGGUAAGGACCAGUUAUAUGGGUAAGGACCAGUUAUAUGGGUAAGGACCAGUUAUAUGGGUAAGGACCAGUUAUAAGGACCAGUUAUAUGGGUAAGGACCAGUUAUAUGGGUAAGGACCAGUUAUAUGGGUAAGGACCAGUUAUAAGGACCAGUUAUAUGGGUAAGGACCAGUUAUAGGGGUAAGGACCAGUUAUUUGAGGAGGGUUGUAUUUUAUUUGUCAAGGGUUGGCCACACAGAUCCUGUGACCUGACAUUUUGUUUGACAUCUUUUUAAUUACUUUGCUUAAGAACAUUUGUUGGUAGAGCAUGGCGCUUGCAACGCCAGGGUUGUGGGUUCGAUUCCCAUGGGGGGCCAGUAUGAAAAAUGUAUGCACUCACUAACUGUAAGUCGCUCUGGAUAAGAGCGUCUGCUAAAUGACUACAAUGUAAUGACUCAUGGACUCCCAGGAGAGCAGUGGCAAUAGUUACUGAGUGGACUAUCCUCCUGGUUCAAUAAAAACAAAUGUUCUUGUUUUUUUUAGGGUGUAGAUCAGCUUUAAUAUUUCAGAUUGUAACUUCCAUCAAUGUAAUUGUCUGCAUCACACACACACACACACACACACACACACACACACACACACACACACAUAUAUAUAUAUAUAUAUAUAUAUAUAUAUAUAUAUAUAUAUAUAUAUAUACACAGUGGGGAAAAUAAGUAUUUAGUCAGCCACCAAUUGUGCAAGUUCUCCCACUUAAAAAGAUGAGAGAGGCCUAUAAUUUUCAUCAUAGGUACACGUCAACUAUGACAGACAAAAUGAGAAAAAAAAAUCCAGAAAAUCACAUUGUAGGAUUUUUAAUGAAUUUAUUUGCAAAUUAUGGUGGAAAAUAAGUAUUUGGUCAAUAACAAAAGUGUCUCAAUACUUUGUUAUAUACCCUUUGUUGGCAAUGACACAGGUCAAACGUUUUCUGUAAAUCUUCACAAGGUUUUCACACACUGUUGCUGGUAUUUUGGCCCAUUCCUCCAUGCAGAUCUCCUCUAGAGCAGUGAUGUUUUGGGGCUGUCGCUGGGCAACACGGACUUUCAACUCCCUCCAAAGAUUUUCUAUGGGGUUGAGAUCUGGAGACUGGCUAGGCCACUCCAGGACCUUGAAAUGCUUCUUACGAAGCCACUCCUUCGUUGCCCGGGCGGUGUGUUUGGGAUCAUUGUCAUGCUGAAAGACCCAGCCACGUUUCAUCUUCAAUGCCCUUGCUGAUGGAAGGAGGUUUUCACUCAAAAUCUCACGAUACAUGGCCCCAUUCAUUCUUUCCUUUACACGGAUCAGUCGUCCUGGUCCCUUUGCAGAAAAACAGUCCCAAAGCAUGAUGUUUCCACCCCCAUGCUUCACAGUAGGUAUGGUGUUCUUUGGAUGCAACUCAGCAUUCUUUGUCCUCCAAACACGACGAGUUGAGUUUUUACCAAAAAGUUAUAUUUUGGUUUCAUCUGACCAUAUGACAUUCUCCCAAUCCUCUUCUGGAUCAUCCAAAUGCACUCUAGCAAACUUCAGAGGGGCCUGGACAUGUACUGGUUUAAGCAGGGGGACACGUCUGGCACUGCAGGAUUUGAGUCCCUGGCGGCGUAGUGUGUUACUGAUGGUAGGCUUUGUUACUUUGGUCCCAGCUCUCUGCAGGUCAUUCACUAGGUCCCCCCGUGUGGUUCUGGGAUUUUUGCUUACCGUUCUUGUGAUCAUUUUGACCCCACGGGGUGAGAUCUUGCGUGGAGCCCCAGAUCGAGGGAGAUUAUCAGUGGUCUUGUAUGUCUUCCAUUUCCUAAUAAUUGCUCCCACAGUUGAUUUCUUCAAACCAAGCUGCUUACCUAUUGCAGAUUCAGUCUUCCCAGCCUGGUGCAGGUCUACAAUUUUGUUUCUGGUGUCCUUUGACAGCUCUUUGGUCUUGGCCAUAGUGGAGUUUGGAGUGUGAAUGUUUGAGGUUGUGGACAGGUGUCUUUUUAUACUGAUAACAAGUUCAAACAGGUGCCAUUAAUACAGGUAACGAGUGGAGGACAGAGGAGCCUCUUAAAUAAGAAGUUACAGGUCUGUGAGAGCCAGAAAUCUUGCUUGUUUUGUAGGUGACCAAAUACUUAUUUUCCACCAUAAUUUGCAAAUAAAUUCAUUAAAAAUCCUACAAUGUGAUUUUCUGGAUUUGUUUUUCUCAUUUUGUCUGUCAUAGUUGACGUGUACCUAUGAUGAAAAUUACAGGCCUCUCAUCUUUUUAAGUGGGAGAACUUGCACAAUUGGUGGCUGACUAAAUAAUUUUUUCCCCACUGUGUGUGUGUGUGUGUAUAUAUAUAUAUAUAUACAUACAUACAUACACCUUUUUAAAAAUUAUAUUUCCCUUUAUUACUUUCCAACCCCACCACCCCUUCCCUAAUUGGAGUAAACUAGUGAACAACAAUGCUUAGGCCUCUACUUCCAGCCCAUACAUACUAUCUACAUUUUAUGGACACAGUCAAAUUCUACAAUAAUUAUAUUUUGUUUGUUUUUUACUCCUGAACUUCCUCCGAUCAUUUUCAUGAUGUCCAUCUGGUUUGCUUCUAUAUGCCAUAUUUUUCUAACUGUGCUCUUUCACAAAAGCUCUCAACCUAUAACCUAUGGGGAGAACAAGUAUUUGAUACACUGCCGAUUUUGCAGGUUUUCCUACUUACAAAGCAUGUAGAGGUCUGUAAUUUUUAUCAUAGGUACACUUCAACUGUGAGAUUCGGAAUCUACAACGAAAAUCACAUUGUAUGAUUUUUAAGUAAUUCAUUUGCAUUUUAUUGCAUGACAUAAGUAUUUGAUCACCUACCAACCAGUAAGAAUUCUGUCUCUCACAGACCUGUUAGUUUUUCUUUAAGAAGCCCUCCUGUUCUCCACUCAUUACCUGUAUUAACUGCACCUGUUUGAACUCGUUACCUGUAUAAAAGACACCUGUCCACACACUCAAUCAAACAGACUCCAACCUCUCCACAAUGGCCAAGACCAGAGAGCUGUGGAAGGACAUCAGGGAUAAAAUUGUAGACCUGCACAAGGCUGGGAUGGGCUACAGGAGUAGCAUUGUAUUGCAUGACAUAAGUAUUUGAUACAGAAACCUUUGUUUGCAAUUACAGAGAUCAUACGUUUCCUGUAGGUCUUGACCAGGUUUGCACACACUGCAGCAGGGAUUUUGGCCCACUCCUCCAUACAGACCUUCUCCAGAUCCUUCAGGUUUCGGGGCUGUCGCUGGGCAAUACGGACUUUCAGCUCCCUCCAAAGAUGUUCUAUUGGGUUCAGGUCUGGAGACUGGCUAGGCCACUCCAGGACCUUGAGAUGCUUCUUACGGAGCCACUCCUUAGUUGUCCUGGCUGUGUGUUUCGGGUCGUUGUCAUGCUGGAAGACCCAGCCACGACCCAUCUUCAAUGCUCUUACUGAUCUCGCGAUACAUGGCCCCAUCCAUCCUCCCCUCAAUACGGUGCAGUCAUCCUGUCCCCUUUGCAGAAAAGCAUCCCCAAAGAAUGAUGUUUCCACCUCCAUGCUUCACGGUUGGGAUGGUGUUCUUGGGGUUGUACUCAUCCUUCUUCUUCCUCCAAACACGGUGAGUGGAGUUUAGACCAAAAAGCUUUAUUUUUGUCUCAUCAGACCACAUGACCUUCUCCCAUUCCUCCUCUGGAUCAUCCAGAUGGUCAUUGGCAAACUUCAGGCGGGCCUGGACAUGCGCUGGCUUGAGCAGGGGGACCUUGUGUGUGCUGCAGGAUUUUAAUCCAUGACGGCGUAGUGUGUUACUAAUGGUUUUCUUUGAGACUGUGGUCUGAGCUCUCUUCAGGUCAUUGACCAGGUCCUGCCGUGUAGUUCUGGGCUGAUCCCUCACCUUCCUCAUGAUCAUUGAUGCCCCACGAGGUGAGAUCUUGCAUGGAGCCCCAGACCGAGUGUGAUUGACCGUCAUCUUGAACUUCUUCCAUUUUCUAAUAAUUGCGCCAACAGUUGUUGCCUUCUCACCAAGCUGCUUGCCUAUUGUCCUGUAUCUAAUCCCAGCCUUGUGCAGGUCUACAAUUUUAUCCCUGAUGUCCUUACACAGCUCUCUGGUCUUGGCCACUGUGGAGAGGUUGGAGUCUGUUUGAUUGAGUGUGUGGACAGGUGUCUUUUAUACAGGUAACGAGUUCAAACAGGUGCAGUUAAUACAGGUAAUGAGUGGAGAACAGGAGGGCUUCUUAAAGAAAAACUAACAGGUCUGUGAGAGCCGGAAUUCUUACUGGUUGGUAGGUGAUCAAAUACUUAUGUCAUGCAAUAAAAUGCAAAUUAAUUACUUAAAAAUCAUACAAUGUGAUUUUCUGGAUUUUUGUUUUAGAUUCCGUCUCUCACAGUUGAAGUGUACCUAUGAUAAAAAAUUACAGACCUCUACAUGCUUUGUAAGUAGGAAAACCUGCAAAAUCGGCAGUGUAUCAAAUACUUGUUCUCCCCACUGUACUUAUUAUGGACACAGUAUGCUUUACAUUAGUUAUCUUGUUAUUGUUUGCUAGUUGUUUGAGGAGGGUUGUAUUUUAUUUGUCAAGGGUUGGCCACACAGAUCCUGUGACCUGACAUUUUGUUUGACGUCUUUUUAAUUACUUUGCUUAAGAACAUUUGUCCUCCUGUAGCCCAGUUGGUAGAGCGUGGCGCUUGCAACGCCAGGGUUGUGGGUUCGAUUCCCAUGGGGGGGCAGUAUGAAAAAUGUAUGCACUCACUAGCUGUAAGUCGCUCUGGAUAAGAGCGUCUGCUAAAUGACUACAAUGUAAUGACUCAUGGACUCCCAGGAGAGCAGUGGCAAUAGUUACUGAGUGGACUAUCUUCCUGGUUCAAUAAAAACAAUGACAUUAAUUGAAGGUAGACUCAGCUAAAUGACGUUGCCACGAGCAGCACCGGAGAUACUGAGAUGAGCGAGAUGCAAGACAUCGCUGUCACACAGUCACACCCAGUAUCUGAUGUUUACAGUGUGGUGGCCAGAGCACCAAAACAGCUGAGAAGUUGAGCCUCUCCCUUCAACACUCCUUCGUUGUUGCAGAAAUUGACCCAGUAUGCUGUUUACUCUCUGCAUCUACGUCAUAUCACUGAGUCUACCUUUUUAAAUAUUCGUUUGUUUGUGUUCCAGAGGAAGGUGGUUUGGGCCUGUGCUGUGUCCUGCAAAAAAACUUCUCUUAAAUGAUGUUGAAUAAAUGUUAGGAAUGAUACUGGAACAUUGUUUAUGUUUCAGAGGAGGGCGGUUCGGACCUGUGGUGUUAAGUUGUAUUGUAUUGUUCCAGAGGAGGGCGGUUCGGACCUGUGCUGUUAAGUUGUAUUGUAUUGUUCCAGAGGAGGGCGGUUCGGACCUGUGCUGUUAAGUUGUAUUGUAUUGUUCCAGAGGAGGGCGGUUCGGACCUGUGCUGUGUGGUCUCCAGUCUGGUCCAGUUGAUGUUGGACCCCUACUACAGAACUCUUCUGGGCUUCCAGAGUCUGGUGCAGAAGGAGUGGGUGGUAGGAGGACAUGCCUUCCUGGAUCGCUCCAACCAUCUGCACCUCAAGGACAAGGUGGAGGUAGGAUCUGUGUCCUGUUUUAGGUCUAUUCUGUUGUCUGAAAACUUUAACUAGCUGUCAAAACCUUGAUUCCUCUCCUCGCCUCCCUCUCAAAGCUUAUUGGUGGAGAGGCUCCAAUGUCCCUCCCCUUGACAUCCUCCUCCAAUGAGCUUUGAGAAGGAGGCGAGGAAUUUUUAAGAAUCAAGGACUGUGGGGGAUUCAAGGAUUUGAGACCUGCGAUAUGCCUUAUAGAACACAACUUUGGUGUAUAGGGGAUGACCGUGUCCGUCUCUCUCCGUCCUCUCAGAGCCAGUCUGAUGACCGUGUCCGUCUCUCUCCGUCCUCUCAGAGCCAGUCUGAUGACUGUGUCCGUCUCUCUCUGUCCUCUCAGAGCCAGUCUGAUGACCGUGUCCGUCUCUCUCCGUCCUCUCAGAGCCAGUCUGAUGACCGUGUCCGUCUCUCUCCGUCCUCUCAGAGCCAGUCUGAUGACCGUGUCCGUCUCUCUCCGUCCUCUCAGAGCCAGUCUGAUGACUGUGUCCGUCUCUCUCUGUCCUCUCAGAGCCAGUCUGAUGACCGUGUCCGUCUCUCUCCGUCCUCUCAGAGCCAGUCUGAUGACCGUGUCCGUCUCUCUCCGUCCUCUCAGAGCCAGUCUGAUGACCGUGUCCGUCUCUCUCCGUCCUCUCAGAGCCAGUCUGAUGACCGUGUCCGUCUCUCUCCGUCCUCUCAGAGCCAGUCUGAUGACCGUGUCCGUCUCUCUCCGUCCUCUCAGAGCCAGUCUGAUGACCGUGUCCGUCUCUCUCCGUCCUCUCAGAGCCAGUCUGAUGACUGUGUCCGUCUCUCUCUGUCCUCUCAGAGCCAGUCUGAUGACCGUGUCCGUCUCUCUCCGUCCUCUCAGAGCCAGUCUGAUGACCGUGUCCGUCUCUCUCCGUCCUCUCAGAGCCAGUCUCCAGUGUUCCUGCUCUUCCUGGAGUGUGUGUGGUGUAUAGGGGAUGACCGUGUCCAUCUCUCUCCGUCCUCUCAGAGCCAGUCUCCAGUGUUCCUGCUCUUCCUGGAGUGUGUGUGGCAGCUUCAGCAGCAGCAUGGCCCAGCCUUCCAGUUCUCAGAGACCUACCUGACCGUGCUGUCGGACAGCGUCCAUGUUCCAGUCUUCACCACCUUCCUCUUCAACAAUGACAGCCACAGAGACAGCAUACUCAAGGUGAACACACACACACACACACACACACACACACACACACACACACACACACAGAGAUGGCAUACUCAGGGUGAACACACACACACACAGAGAUGGCAUACUCAGGGUGAACACACACACACACACACACACACACACAGAGAUGGCAUACUCAGGGUGAACACACACACACACAGAGACAGCAUACUCAGGGUGAACACACACACACAGACACACACACAGACACACACACAGAGAUGGCAUACUCAGGGUGAACACACACACAGAGACAGCAUACUCAGGGUGAACACACACACACACACACACACACACACACACACACACACACACACACACAGAGAUGGCAUACUCAGGGUGAACACACACACACACACACACACAGAGACAGCAUACUCAGGGUGAACACACACACACACACACACAGAGACAGCAUACUCAGGGUGAACACACACACACACACACAGACACACACACACACACAGAGACCGCAUACUCAGGGUGAACACACACACACAGACACACACACAGACACACAGACAGACACACAGACAGACACACAGACAGACACACACACAGACAUGACCAAUCCAGUAUGUUUGUGUAGACCGUCUACAAACUACUCUGCUGUAGAUGCACACCAGCCUGGACCAGAACAUAACACUUAGCCUGCUUCUACCAAACAGUAGAGUGUGGACUGGAUUUUAUUUAUUUAUUUUUUAUUUCACCUUUAUUUAACCAGGUAAGCCAGUUGAGAACAAGUUCUCAUUUACAACUGCGACCUGGCCAGGAUGCAAAUUUCUGUUUGAAAAAGCUAGCCUUUGCUUUCCUAACUGAUUGUGUAUAUUGGUUCCUGACUGCCCUGAAAAGUUGCAUAUCGCUGGGGCUGUUCGAUGCUAAUGCAGUACGCCACAGGAUGUUUUUGUGCUGGUCAAGGGCAGUCAAGUCUGAGGAGAACCAGGGGCUAUAUCUGUUCUUAGUUCUGACUUUUUUUAAUGGGGCAUGCUUAUUUAAGAUGGAGAGGAAAGCACUUUUGAAGAACAACCAGGCAUCCUCUACUGACGGAAUGAGGUCAAUAUCCAUCCAGGAUACCUGGGCCAGGUCAAUUAGAAAGGCCUGCUCGCCGAAGUGUUUUAGGGAGCGUUUGACAGUGAUGAGGGGUGGUCGUUUGACCGCGGACCCAUUACGGACGCAGGCAAUGAGGCAGUGAUCGCUGAGAUCCUGGUUGAAGACAGCGGAGGUGUAUUUAGAGGGUAAAUUAGUCAGGAUGAUAUCUAUGAGGGUGCCCAUGUUUACGGAUUUAGGGUUGUACCUGGUAGGUUCGUUGAUAAUUUGUGUGAGAUUGAGGACAUCUAGUUUAGAUUGUAGGACGGCCGGGGUGUUAAGCAUAUCCCAGUUUAGGUCACCAAGCAGUACGAACUCUGAGGAUAAAUGGGGGGGCAAUCAAUUCACAUAUGGUGUCCAGGGCACAGCUGGGGGCUGAGGGGGGUCUGUAGCAAGCGGCAACAGUGAGAGACUUAUUUCUGGAAAGGUGGAUUUUUAGAAGUAGAAGCUCAAACUGUUUGGGCACAGACCUGGAUAGUAUGAUAGAGCUCUGCAGGCUACCUCUACAGUAGAUUGCAACUCCGCCCCCUUUGGCAGUUCUAUCUAGACGGAAAAUGUUAUAGUUUGGGAUGGAAAUGUCAGAGUUUUUGGUGGCCUUCCUGAGCCAGGAUUCAGACACUGCUAGAACAUCAGGGUUGGCGGAGUGUGCUAACGAAGUGAAUAACUCAAACUUAGGGAGGAGGCUUCUGAUGUUAACAUGCAAAAAACCAAAGCUUUUACGGUUACAGAAGUCAACAAAUGACAGCGCCUGGGGAGUAGGAGUGAUACUGGGGGCUACAGGGCCUGGGUUAACCUCUACAUCACCAGAGGAACAGAGGAGGAGUAGAAUAAGGAUACGGCUAAAGGCUUUAAGAACUGGUCUUCUAGUGCGUUGGGUACAGAGAAUAAAAGGAACUGAUUUCUGGGCGUUGUAGAAUAGAUUCAGGGCAUUAUGUACAGACAAGGAUAUGGAAGGAUAUGAGUACAGAGGAGGUAAACCUAAGCGUUGGGUAACAAUGAAAGAGAGAGCAUCACUGGAGGCACCGAUUGAGCCGGUCUCCGCGUGUAUGGGGGGUGGGACAAAGGAGCUAUCUGAGGCUGGUUGAGCUGAACUGGGGGCUCUACAGUGAAAUUGUAUAAUAAGAACUAACCGGAACAGCAAUAGGCUAGGCAUAUUGACAUGGGAUAGAGGCAUAAAGCAAUCACAGGUGUUAUUCGAGAGGGCUAAGACAACAACUGGUAAUGGCGACGAAAGUUUGGGCUGAGGCUAAACAGAUAAACAGGAUGGAGUACCGUGUAAAGGAACAGUCCAGCAGGCAUCAGCUGUGCAGCUGAGUGAUCAUAAGGUCCAGUGAACAGAAAUAGGUGAGACCGGGAGCAGUUCGAAUGGCUGCUACAGCACAGGCGAGCAAGAAGCACGGCUGUUGAUUGCGUGUGCUAGCGGGCCGGGGCUAGCAGAUGGAUCUUCGUGGUCGUCGCAACGGGAAGCCUGUUGAAACCACGUCAGACGAUUACGUCGGCAGACCGGUCGUGAUGGAUUGGCGGGGCUCCGUGUCGACACUAGGAGGUCCCGUCCGGUUGACAGAGAGGUAGAUAGCCGGGAGAUGGGCCUGGCUCGAGUCUAGCUCAAGGCUAACUGGUGCUUGCUAAGGGCGUGGUGGUGAUUAGCCAACAACAUCCAUUCGGUUGCAGCUAGCUAUUUGCGAUGAUCCGGUGUUAAGAUCCAGUGAUUUAGUGAUUCCGGCAGAAAAUCCGAUAUGUUCUUGGUCGAUAGCGAGUCGAUAGCGCGCUGUGCAGACUGGUCGAUAAUAGUCCAGGCUAGAGCUGGCUGGUAGGUAGUGCAGGCCACGGACAAUGGUAAAAACCGCUAACGGUGGCUAAUAGCAAGUAGCUAGUUAGCUGGCUAGUUUCAACUGGAGGUUCUGGAUAAAAAGUGUAAAAUAAAUAAUAGAAUCCGUUCCACAUUGGGUGAGGUGGGUUGCAGGAAAGUAGACUUAGUAGAAGGAUGAAAAGUGUGAUUGAGAAAUAUAUACGAAAGAGACCAAAAAAAAAAAAAAAAAAAGGCUAUUUACACGGACUACAGAGUACAUGACCACACCGCUACGCCAUCUUGGAUGAUCCCCUGUGGACUGGAUGAUCCCCUGUGUGGACUGGAUGAUCCCCUGUGUGGACUGGAUGAUCCCCUGUGUGGACUGGAUGAUCCCCUGUGUGGACUGGAUGAUCCCCUGUGUGGACUGGAUGAUCCCCUGUGUGGACUGGAUGAUCCCCUGUGUGGACUGGAUGAUCCCCUGUGUGGACUGGAUGAUCCCCUGUGGACUGGAUGAUCCCCUGUGUGGACUGGAUGAUCCCCUGUGUGGACUGGAUGAUCCCCUGUGUGGACUGGAUGAUCCCCUGUGUGGACUGGAUGAUCCCCUGUGUGGACUGGAUGAUCCCCUGUGUGGACUGGAUGAUCCCCUGUGAGGACUGGAUGAUCCCCUGUGUGGACUGGAUGAUCCCCUGUGUGGACUGGAUGAUCCCCUGUGUGGACUGGAUGAUCCCCUGUGUGGACUGGAUGAUCCCCUGUGUGGACUGGAUGAUCCCGUGUGGACUGGAUGAUCCCCUGUGGACUGGAUGAUCCCCUGUGUGGACUGGAUGAUCCCCUGUGUGGACUGGAUGAUCCCCUGUGUGGACUGGAUGAUGCUGUUCUAUAAGACUGAAUACUAGAACAGUCACUACAGUUUAGUAGUGUCAUCACAUAGCAACAUUGUACUAAUGAUACCAGGCCAAGUUUUCACAUAGCGAGUAGUAUCACGAUACCUCGGGGGGCGGCUGAUUGGCCUAGCGUCCUGUUCGCCCCGUCCCCACGACAGUUGUUCCCCUUUUCUAAACGUGAUGCACAUGUCACUGAUAUUCACACUUCUACUCAAUACAACACAUUGAAUUUAACUUCACACUGUUCACUGUAUAAUAGAAUACUGCAUAGAAUGGCUGAUUUGCUCAUAUUUGCGAAGGACUAGCUGUGAUUUGGCUGGAGGAAUGGGAGGAAGGAAUGAUAAUGAUCUGCAUGUCAUUGUGUCAGUCAGGGGACAACACUGCAUAAUAAUAUAGGUCUAUAUGAAUCCAUUAGACGUCAGACCCUGUCUCUCCUAGCUGUCACCCUGUAGUGUAGAUGUCUGGACGUCAGACCCUGUCUCUCCUAGCCGUGUCACCCUGUAGUGUAGAUGUCUGGACGUCAGACCCUGUCUCUCCUAGCCGUGUCACCCUGUAGUGUAGAUGUCUGGACGUCAGACCCUGUCUCUCCUAGCCGUGUCACCCUGUAGUGUAGAUGUCUGGACGUCAGACCCUGUCUCUCCUAGCCGUGUCACCCUGUAGUGUAGAUGUCUGGACGUCAGACCCUGUCUCUCCUAGCCGUGUCACCCUGUAGUGUAGAUGUCUGGACGUCAGACCCUGUCUCUCCUAGCCGUGUCACCCUGUAGUGUAGAUGUCUGGACGCCAGACCCUGUCUCUCCUAGCCGUGUCACCCUGUAGUGUAGAUGUCUGGACGUCAGACCCUGUCUCUCCUAGCCGUGUCACCCUGUAGUGUAGAUGUCUGGACGUCAGACCCUGUCUCUCCUAGCCGUGUCACCCUGUAGUGUAGAUGUCUGGACGUCAGACCCUGUCUCUCCUAGCUGUCACCCUGUAGUGUAGAUGUCUGGACGUCAGACCCUGUCUCUCCUAGCCGUGUCACCCUGUAGUGUAGAUGUCUGGACGCCAGACCCUGUCUCUCCUAGCCGUGUCACCCUGUAGUGUAGAUGUCUGGACGUCAGACCCUGUCUCUCCUAGCCGUGUCACCCUGUAGUGUAGAUGUCUGGACGUCAGACCCUGUCUCUCCUAGCCGUGUCACCCUGUAGUGUAGAUGUCUGGACGUCAGACCCUGUCUCUCCUAGCCGUGUCACCCUGUAGUGUAGAUGUCUGGACGCCAGACCCUGUCUCUCCUAGCCGUGUCACCCUGUAGUGUAGAUGUCUGGACGUCAGACCCUGUCUCUCCUAGCCGUGUCACCCUGUAGUGUAGAUGUCUGGACGUCAGACCCUGUCUCUCCUAGCCGUGUCACCCUGUAGUGUAGAUGUCUGGACGUCAGACCCUGUCUCUCCUAGCUGUCACCCUGUAGUGUAGAUGUCUGGACGUCAGACCCUGUCUCUCCUAGCCGUGUCACCCUGUAGUGUAGAUGUCUGGACGCCAGACCCUGUCUCUCCUAGCCGUGUCACCCCUGUAGUGUAGAUGUCUGGACGUCAGACCCUGUCUCUCCUAGCCGUGUCACCCUGUAGUGUAGAUGUCUGGACGUCAGACCCUGUCUCUCCUAGCCGUGUCACCCUGUAGUGUAGAUGUCUGGACGUCAGACCCUGUCUCUCCUAGCCGUGUCACCCUGUAGUGUAGAUGUCUGGACGUCAGACCCUGUCUCUCCUAGCCGUGUCACCCUGUAGUGUAGAUGUCUGGACGUCAGACCCUGUCUCUCCUAGCUGUGUUACACCAGUACCCCUAUGGUCCAGUGGAGGCUGGUGUCAUUUUAAAUCAGAGGACGGGCUCAUUGUAACGUCUGGAAUUGAAUGAAUUGAACAGUGACCGUCGUUUCCAUUACCGUCCCAGCCGUUCCAAUGAGCCUGUCCUCCCUCCGCCAUUCUCCAAAAGGGUAAACAGCCCCACCAGCCUGUACCAUACAGUAUGCCCCUCCCAUACACCCCUCCCAAAACCAGCCUGUACCAUACAGUAAUGCGCCCCCCCCCCCCCCCCCCCCCCCCAUACACCCUCUCACAACCCAGCCUGUACCAUAAUAGCCCCCCCCCCCCCCCCCCCCCAUACACCCUCUCACACCAGCCUGUACCAUACAUAUCCCCCCCCCCCCCCCAUACACCCUCUCACACCCAGCCUGUACCAUACAUAUGCCCCCACCCCCCCCCCCCCAUACACCCUCUCACACCCAGCACCUAAGUACCAUACAGUAUGCCCCCCCCCCCCCCCCCCAUACACCCUCUCACACCCAGCCUGUACCAUACAGUAUGCCCCCCCCCCCCCCCCCCCCCCCCCAUACACCCUCUCACACCCACCUGUACCAUACAUAGCCUCAAUGCCCCCCCCCCCCCCCCCCCCCCCCAUACACCCUCUCUCACACCCAGCCUGUACCAUACAGUAUGCCCCCCCCCCCCCCCCCCCCCCCCCCCCCCCCCCCCCCAUACACCCUCUCACACCCAGCCUGACUGUGUUUGCUUGUCUUGGCAGGCCGAGUCGCCCCACACACAAAGAGGCCCAUUGAACUGCCCUACAGUGUGGGACUGGUCGGUGCAGUUUGACUGCAAGGCACAGGAUCUCUUCACUAACCCUUUGUAUGCCGAGAAGCCCAAGCAGGACAAGUCUGUGAGGAAAUCACACAGGCCCAAGGUAAUCUUUCUCUCGCUCGAUCUCCAACUCCAUUCAACUGUAUCAUUGUCCGUUAAUUAUAUUCCAACAUUAUGCUGAUCAAAUAGAACCUGUCUCGAACAAAAUAAAAACCAAAAAACUCUUCUAUUCCUACCUUCCAGCACCUGCGCCAACUGUCCCUGCCCAGCUCGGCCUUCAAGACCCCCCCUAAGAAAGGCUUCUUUAAAGACGAGGCGGACAGCCUAAAGAAAAUCCUCCGUGUAAAGAGGAUCAGUCGCUGGAUGCUGUCUCCCUCAGACUCCCCUCAGACCUCCUCUUCAGCCAGGGAGUUCUACGAGGCAUGGCAGGCGAAACCUCUGGACUACCACGGUCUGCUGCUCCCCUGCCUGGACGGGCCCUCCAUACGUGUCUGGAUGCAGAGGUACCUGCCCAAAGAGGGAGAGAGCGACUUCCCCUAAAAAAAGCAACUUUUCCUUUUUUUUAUUAAAUGGCCUAUGUGGCAUUGAUUUGAGUCAAACAUUUAUUCUACUGUCAAAAGGGACUACCAAGUGUAAAUAGGAUCAUUUUGGUCAUAAAGUCAGUCUCGUCCAAAACUGAGAUUUGCGAGAUGAUAGGAAUGAAGAGUACGGUAACAGUUUUCCUUGGGUUAGGUUUAUUUAAAUCCUGCCCACAGCUGGCAGCGCCCAAGUAAUCAUCAAUCCUGCCCACAGCUGGCAGCGCCCAAGUAAUCAUCAAUUCGAAGCACAGCUGCACGCAACCUGAUCGUAUUACCCAUGGUCAAUUUGGUUUGACAUUCGAUAUGGGGCUCGUUAAGGACCAUAAAUAAAUUACACAAUCUACAUAUUUUAAAAGGUCAAUAGCAAAAAAAAAAUGACGAACUAUAUAAAUUAUAAAAAUUAUAAAAUUAUUGAAAGCAUUUAAUGAGACAAUUAAAAGAUCUACAACAUGGAAAUAUUGUCUCAUUUACAUUAGCUAUCCCCGGAGAUUGGCUAUCCAAAGUCUAGCCAACUUUGCCAUGGUCGCACACCAGCCGGCUGAAGCUAAUUGGUGAAAUAAUUUGGCUAACUCUUACCACCUGCGAACACACACGAGACACCCACAUCAAACCCCCCCCCCCCCCCCCCCCCCCUUCACCCUCGAAACCAACUCACGUUUACUUUUAAUUUAGUCAUGGCCGCUAUCAUUUCUUUAAUGAACAAAAUCUAAAACGAGGCCAUAUCAGGAAGUGCAGUCACCCUUUAACCUUUAUUUCACCAGGAAAAUACCCUUGAGCUUAGAAACCUAUUGUGCGACAUACAUACUUAUUAUAUCUACAAAUUCAUUGUUUUAUAUAAUAUUAAUAUAUACCAUAUUUGACUAUAGUUGAUACGUUUCUAAAAUGAAAGAUUCCCUGACCAAGAUGGCCGCCAUUUGAGUCACAUUACUGGGAUGUCCAAUGGCUAUUCUAGUGUUCUGUCUUUCUAUGAAAAAGGUACCUGCGCUGGAUCCAUGACGUCCAGAUCCUAGGAGGGGGUCCAGUGGCCGUGCUGAGUAAGGUCUCUGAGAUACUGGCGGAGGUUCAGGAGCUGCAGAGAGAGCUGGACCGUCACGGCUGCACUCUAGCCUCCAACCACAAGGGGGCGAGGCCCAGGGCCAAGACAGCGGCGGAGAUCGCAUCCAGGUCUUCGGUGAGGCUGUCGUCGUCGUUCCCCUUCGUGACGUCCAGGAACUGGUCGUUCAAACCGGCCAUACCGACCAGCCUGCUUCAGAGCCUCAUGGUGACGGGGAUCGCAGGAAACCUGGCUGAUCGAGCGGAUGAUGGAGAUGACCUGCAGUCUAUG